UGGAAAAUUAUAAACACAUUUGAGCAUCUCUGAGACAGUGCUAUCAUAACAACAUUAGACUGGAGUCAUAACUGUGAAAAAUUACAGAUUUAAAUGUAAUUCUACCCUCAUAAUGACCUUUUCUUUGGAUCUUAUAUGACAUUUAAUAGCAUUACUGAUUCAUUGAGUGUGUAAUGAAUAAAAAUGAUCACAGGAUUAAUUACACAUGACCUCCUCCAUAUCCUUUCAACUGAUUCAACAGGCUUUAUUAAAUACAGUGGGUCUAAGCUGCAGUGUUAUUUUUCUGAGAAUGAGGAAGAGAAAGAGAUGCGCCUCCCCUCAUCUGCACACUCAGUCUGAUCUAGAGUUUCUCUUCCUUUCUGACUCAGAUGAGCAGCUCUGACCCGGCUGGAUUAAAACAGCUACUGGUAAAUUAGCUCUCAAUUUCUGGCCUCACUAUCUCUUCCCAUCUGUCAUUUCUAAUCUCACACAUAUAGAUUUAAGUCAUUGAAGUGAGGGAACUCAUAUUAGCAUUUACAUUAGUUUCACUGGAGUGGAAGUAAUGAACAAUAACACUGAAGGUGGUUGUACGGCAUCGAGUGACAUUUAUAAGCAACAUAAUACACUCAGUCACCAUGACAGGGUGUAAGAAAAGGCGGCGCACUAUUAAAUUCAGCAUAGUGGAACGAGAGUGUUCGGUAUUACAUUCUCAAGAAUCAGCACUUGAUACAUCUGUUUGAAAGAAAAAGUGUCAAAACGGAAAUGUGUUUUUUCUACAGCUCCCAGUGAUAGUGUGACAUAUUCAUUAUUGCCUCUCUCUGUCACAUAUAUAAAUGAGUUUAAGAAACUCCAUCAAGACCAAGACAGCCUAGGAAAAACUCGACAUCUUCACACAUUUCAGAAGAACAUUCCAUCAAAAGUUACUUUAACCCUGUGGAAUCUCACCCGGGCCUGAGCCACCCCUGAAUAAACAUUCCAGAACCUCUUCAGAAUUUCUCCAAUUUCCCCCCCACAACAUUCUAAAGUCUCACAGGGAUAUUCUAAUUACUCAAAAAAACAGUUCCUUUUACUUGUUCUAGAAUCCCUCCAGAGCAUUCUAAACCACCUUCAACUGGAACAUUCCGGAACCCCUACAGACUGUUAAUUUACCCAUCUAAUUUUCCAAAAACCAUGUGGGAACAUUUUGUUACUGGGACUUUGACAUUCAAAGUCCCCUCCUGCAUUUGGAGCGAUGUGGAACUUUCCAACACAAGUUAUCUCCACUUUGUAGGAAUCAUCCUGAAAUUCCUGUACCACCCUGAACAGAAACAUUCUGGAACCCUCAUUAAGUAUUCCAAAACUCAAUGAGAAAAAUCAGAAUCCCUAACUCUGGAUGUUCAAGUCCCAGUUGGAAUAUUUUGAUAUUUUCUGGAUUGAAAAAAUCCAGAAUCUCCACAGAAAAAUCUGACUUCUGUUGGUCAUCUACGAAACAUGAUGCCAAAGUAUGGGCAGGCAAAACUGGUGAUCUAAAAGAAAGUAUGCCAAGAUUCAGUUUGGCUUGAUCAGUCUACUCAGGCCUAGAAGGCUGGGUCCUUCAAAGGUUGGGUCCUUCUUAGCCUAGGUCCUUCUACGGCUACGUCGUUCAAAGCUAGAUCCCUUAAGGGCUGGAUCCUUCAAAUGCCAGAUCCUUCAGAUGGUAGACCCUUCAAAUUCUAGAUCCUCUAAAUGCUCUAUCUAAUUAUUACAUCCCUCAACAGCUUGAUCCUUCACAUUCUGGAUUCUUCAAAUACUAGAUCUUUCCAAGGCUGUGUCCUUUAAAUGCUGGGCCCAUCAAACGCAGUGUUCUUAAAAGGCUGACUCCUUCAAAUGUUUGGUCCCCAAAGUCUCCUUCCUUCAAAGACGGACAUCAUGGAUGGACAUCAGAAAUAGAGAACCCAAUUGUUGAUUUGUGAUAUCUAUAUGAAUGUAAAACACAAUACUAUAGCUGGCAAGGCGAGAGGUGAAGUGUAAUGGCUGUACCAGGAAGUACCAAGCAGCUAGCAAUGAUUGGCGUAAGUAGUUCAUUGUGCAUCCAGGAACUACGGUAUCAGUGUCCCUGAAGUCCAGUCUGGGGAGGUCAACUGGUGUUUUGGCUGAGAUGGAGACAGGAAGUACUGCAGGAAGCCCAUAAAGAACACAAACAUUGCUGGUAGGGAAGGGGAACAAUAGCAUCUUGUGAUUAACAGAGGGAAUAGUACGAUAUGUAGGCACGCAAUUCCUUCAAUCCUUGACGCACGCAUAGAUUUUAUGUCCUUUUAAAAUGAAGAAUUCUGACAUUCAUCCCCUUCGGAUCAGAAUCUUUGCACCUCCCUGUCAUCUAACUGGAUCUUGAGCUCUAUUGCGCUUAUUAAAAGUCAAAUGUGGUGACAUUUAGAUGAGGAACUACAAUGGCAUGCUUGUUUGACAGAGUGAAGGCUAAACUCUGAUGGAAUUUUUAUUUUUAUUUUAUUACAACCAAUUAAAGCACGCAGGAAGAGAAAAUCUAAAAAUAAGAAAAUCUCUGCUGUUGCUCUCACAGCUUCACACAUGUCAUGCAGGGCUGCAAAAGCCAUUACGCAUCUGCUUUUAAUGGCAUUUACAUAAGGCUAAAGUUGUCUCUGGCAAGCCCCCAGCCAGUGCCCUCACCGCUCAAAAUCAAUGCUAACAUACAAAGCCAGCACCAAUCUGAAACUAAUUAAAUGUCACGUUUAACUCUGCGCCUGCUCCCUCUCUUUUACACAUACCAGCAUGGAUAUCAUAAAUCAAUACCCAGGGGGAAAUGGACUGGAAGUUUAUUAGGUGAUUUGGAUUGAUGGCAGCAGAAUGAUUUAUUUUGGGUCAAUCCCAGAGCUGUGCAAGGACCUUUAUAAAUCCACACACAUGAAAAAUGAUAUGAUUGGAUCAGCGUGGUUUGAGCUCAAAUUUCAAUAACAGCACUCGUGCCCUGCAGGCUGAAUCACCAGACUGCAGAGCAUCCAAACCUGUCAACAUGCACGCUUAUCACAAUGAUUAACAGGUGGCUGACUCACUCCUGUCCUCAUAAAGUGGCCUUCAGGUCGAUGUGUUCAGGAGACCAGAGAGGAAUGACAGGAGAGUAUAGGGCAGAGAUUAAACCUGCAGUAAGUGUAUGUUCUCUAAGAUAGAGGGUGAAAAAGUGGACAUUUACUGGAAUAAUGAAUACUUAAUGCAAGCUCAGACAUUAAACUAUCAGCAGGCCUGAUCACAUGACACGGCCACUAACCCUGCUAAUUGGUUUCUUUAUCAGUGAACGGUCAGAGGAGAGCUGCUGCACAUUUAAAUCAUUCAUGAGUCAUUCCCUAGACCUUUGUGGGGUAAUUCAGCUGUCCUUUCACUUGAGAUGUGGUUGGUGUCAUGUCAGCCUGGAUCAGAUAUCUAAUUAGAUGUACAACUACGUGUUUUAGUAAGCGUACAGUACAGUAGACUGUACUCUGAAGAUUUUUUUCCCCAGGUUUCCUCCUUAACUCAAACCUGCCAACACUCCCGUUUUUCAAGGUAGACCAUCCAAAGUGUGCAGCUUCACUUAUACUCUAUGGAUGAGCAAUCUAAUUACAAAUACUCUCAUAAUUAGGUAACCCUUUGGAACAAGGUAACCCCAAAACUGCCGGUGUGCAACACAAAAAUCUCCUGGAUUUUAUAAUCAUCAAUCAAUCAAUCAGUCUUUAUUUAUAUAGCACUUUUCAACCAUGUUACACAAAGUGCUUUACACAGGAAAAGGAAUAGAAGAAACAAAGAAUACCCAAAUCUUCCCCAACCAAAACCCGCAUUCCCACCCCACGAUCUAAAUGCAAUAGAAACAGUAUUAAAAUGCAUGAACUUAAAAAAGGGCUUGAUUUUGUGGAAACAGGAAUGUGUGCAAACGCAUUUUAAAACUCAAGAUAAGGAAACACUGGAGGUUUAUGUUAAAAUCUAAAAACAAAGAAACAUAGAAUGAAAUUUAAGAAAUAAUAAAGAAAAUGAAAUAAAAAACAGCAGUAAAAGAAACUAAAAUAAGAGCACCAAAAUAGCUCAAUAAAAGACAAUCCUGUCAUUAAAACUAGAAGAGAUAAAUGCAAAAACACUUAAACAAAGUUAAUGAUAUAGAAUUCAGUUUUCAGUUUGCUUUUAAAAUCAUUAGGAUAAUUAGAUCAUAAGAUCAUAUCAUCCAAAUGUAAGCAGGGAUGCCUUGAUAGGUAAUUGAAGUUCCUAAUGAGUAAUGAGUUUUAGCCACCCCAGUCUAAAAAGCCUGGUCACGCCCCUGGUAAUUUGGGACGUUUCUUCUUUAAGCCUUUUUUGCUCAUCACACUCCUGUGAUUUUAUUGAAUCAAAGCUUGAAAUCAGUAUUUUUCCCAUGAAGGAAUAGAUUAGACAGAGCUCAAUACAUUUACAAACUCAGACCGUAUAAAACUCGUUCUCAUGGAUUAACCAGCUGUUUUAGCUCGGCGGACUGUCUUUGCUUAUGAAUUAAUUCAUGUGGGUGUAUUUGAUAUCCUACGCAGCCCCUCCUUUAACGGAACGCGGUGGGCGGGGCUUAAUCACACAUUGUGCUUGCCUGGCUAGCGGGGUUUAGAGGGAUUACCGCGGCGGGCUGACUGGCUGGACGAGCGAGUCACACCGUCGUCGGUCAGUUUCCAGCAGUGGUGAGGCAACGGGUGAGGGAGCCGUGAUGGCAUCUGUUUCACCGAUUAUGCCAACGGUCAACUUUCAGUUUAGAGACAACGAAACGGGGGAUCCAGUGUGAGUCCUGAGAUUAUGCCCGGAGCUUCUGGAGCUGCUGUGGAGAAAAGUUUCACUCAAGUAGGGACACACCAGUGGGAGUAACAAUAUGGUAAAUAUACAAUCCUACUUUAAACAAAUGAGCCAACGUUCGCCUGCUUACCUGAAUCUUUUUUUUCCCAUGGGACAGUCUGUUAGUGUUGUAUUUCUGUGUCAUUUCACACAUUAUGUUGCGUUCACGUUGUGUAAUUUUUGGCCAUGUCGAUAAAUUACAGAGUUGUUCAAUGACUAACACACCAAGAAAUCUGGCAAGUUGUUUUCUUUCAUUUCAAACGGACUCAACGUCGAGUUUCUGUAAUGAUAGACAUGUGAAAACCCUCCUUUUGUUAAACUUAAAGCACCAUAAUGAGCAAACAUCUGUCCAACCGCUCUGCCGACCAGUCAAGACAUGUUUUAUAUGCUUCUUUGAAAAGACCAACGCACCAAACUUCAUUUAGAAAUCAUUAUUCUUUCAUUUUCUGGUCUCAAACUGUGACAAUCGAGUACUGCUUUACAUUUUUUGACAGUCCUCUUAAAUCUUGUGGAUCCUCAUCCGAUUUCGGCUCAGAUUAGACCCUCCACUUUGUACAUUAUCUCGGAUUUUUUUCAGUUAUUCUUAACACUGAUCUCAGACUAUCUUCUUAACCUCACUGUAGUGCUCUGCGCCUAAAUGCACUGUGGUGAGUGGUUAGGAGAGUUAGGAUAAAACGCUUUAAUGUCAUGUUGCACUGUUUCACUUCUGUGCAUGGACUCAACAGUAUGGUGGCCCUGCACAGACAUUACAUGAUGUGCAAGAAACAAUUCACCAAACACCAAAUACAUAAACAAUUCAGGUGCGAAAAGGGCAUUAACCUGCAAAAAUGUUCAGUACAAUGCCAAAAAAAUCUAUCAUACACAAAAUUCCACGAACAAAAAAUGUAGUGUAACAUUAUAGAUAAUUUCCCAAACCCUUAUUACGUCACAAAACUCAAAAAAGAUGCACAGAAUGAAAAAAAAACCCAAGAAUAUCUGCAUAUUUUGUGAAAUAUUUUUGGCAAAUAUUUGGAGUUGUGCAUCAAAAAUGCAUUUGCAUCUGUCAAGUGUUUUUUGCUUACAUAAAAUUUUCUGCAUCUUAAAAAUGUUCUUGCUUUUCAUGGGAGUAAUUUGCAUUUUUAAAAAAGUUAAUCACAUCAAUGAAUUGAGUUGUGUUUUAGGAGAUAUUUUUGUGUUCAACGAUUCAUAUCUCUCUAUUUUGUGAAUAGUUUUUUGUGGUCAUAAAAUGUUUGUACAGUUGACCUUUCAGGACCGCUGUAGACAUCAAAGUGGCACAUCUUUUAAUGGAGUUUGGUUGAGAUGAAUUGAGCUCCCUUCAAAUCUUUGCCUGGCCAGACAUUGAACUUCUCAUGCUGUCCUUUUUCAUUUAGACAGAGUGCUCAGUCAACUCCAUUAUCGCCCCGACGUCUCUUCAUCUAUGCAUCACGUAGACUGUUUGCAAAGCAGUAUGUGCACCCACAGGCGAAGCCAGUAGUUGAGCAGGUUCAUCCAGUGCCUGCUGUCAUAUUCUGUCAUAUGAAUGGACAUGAAUAUAAAGAGAGGGUCUGUGUUUUUACAAGUUGUGUUCAAGUUCCUGUUGCAUUUCAGGGCACCUAUUAGGAAGGAGGAUAGGAGGCUAAAUGGACAUACAAUAUGUGCUUUCCUGGUUGAAUAACAUGACGUGUCAUGACAGAAAAACAGAUUCUUCUCUGACCCACUUACGGGGGAACUCACUGAGAGCUGCUCAUGUGUGCAGCCCUGUACAGAACGUACCUCUUCACUUAUCGUUAUUUCACAGCUUUUCAAGUGAGAGGUGUGCUGGAUUUUUGUGUUCUCUCGAUGUAAAAGAAGAAAAUUACUCAGAGAUCACAGUUGUCACCAUCAGCUCGACUCAAUUUAAAUAGAAUUGUCAAAAGAUUGACACAAUUUUUCAAAGUUAUGUGAGCAACAGCAUUUUCUGCCAGUUGACACCCACAUACCCAGCUGUGAGUUACAUUGCUCUGCUGUCUGUAGGGCAUCAGCAAACCCAGGUAUGUUAGAUAACAGAAGGAGGUAUUUUUCAUCUUGUGACACUUUCAUGAGGUGUUCAGGGACCUCAGGCAGGCCACUCGUCCUUGCUUGUUAAAGCUUUAUUCGACAACACUCAGGGGAUACUUAUUGCGGUGUUGACUGAGCAUCUUCUCCAGUUGGGCUUCAUAUAAACACACCUGAGAGCUAGCUGCCCAGUACAAACAUAUAGUUUACUGCUGAUGGUGCAGCAUGAAGAGCCUGGCCUGAGGGCCCCUCAGCAAUAGUUGUGGUUGAAGGAUGCAGCGUUAGUCACUCUCCUCCAGCGUAUUUUUCAGACAGUGGCUGGACCAUCAAGUGUCAUAAAAGAGGCUUUAUUUGCUGAAGCUGGAAGAUAUAAGAGCAUGCUACUAAAAAAAUCCUCUUUUUUUUUCAACUGACUCAGUAAAGGAUGGGUAGCCGUGGCUCAGCGGAAGGAUUGGUGUCUCAGUUGGAAGGUCAGUUGCAGUUAAAAGGCUGAAGUAUCUUUGAACGAGACCAAAGAAUGUCAGUGUGUCCACCUAGAUAAAAAAAACCAACAUCAACAUAUUAGAUUUUAUCAAAAUAUGGAAAAGGUCAAUAAGUAAAUUUGCUACUCUCUCACUCUCCCAAACUUCGUUGCAUCAUGAUCUGAGCUCAGAUGAUAACCUAAAGGAAAGAGCUGUUUUAGGGAAGUAGCAGGAAAUCAAAUUCCUCAUAGUGACAUACCUUGAGAACGUGGUUCAGGAUCUCUCAUUUAAAUGCCACCAUCAGACUGAAACUGGCCCAGGCGUUCGCCACUUUCUCUACAGUUUGCACUCCAGCUUUAACAUGGAAGUUGAAACGCAUAAAUGUGCUGCUAGGGAGCUAGAUAGCAAACAAAACCAGAGGAAAAAGGACGUAAAAUGACAGAGUUGUCGUGUUCAAUCAACUGUACAAAACAUACAGAGCUGUAAAGUUGAUGGUGCUUUCAUUAGUCUAAGUACAACCAGUUAGCUCUUUGCUAUCGUUUUUGUUGAUUGUCUUGGUAUGUGAUGUAGUAUGCCAGCUAAGGGGUAGUCCAGGUGUAUUGAGCACAAAAGGGCCGCCACCUACAGACAUACUUUGGUCCCUGAAUCAUUUUUUGCUUGGUGCUUGUAAGGUGUAGAAAGACAGUAGUCUAAUCAAGGUAAAUAAAGAGAGUGGUUGUUGUUGUGAUUUGACUUCUAAAGGCAGUCUCUAUAACAAAACAGUGCUGUAUGCUUAUGCCAUCACAGAAAGUGGUUCUAUGGGUCAGCUGCAAUACCUUGAUUUUUCCUGAACAGGAUUCUCUUCAUGGUUGGAGGUUAAAAGAGCAACGGAAAAAGUGUGUCCUGCUGUAAUUCACAGUACACUUGUAAACAUUUCCGCAGCAUUUCUCUGCAGUUGUUUUUUUUUCUUUUCUCCUGAAGCACAUAGAUUUGGCUCUUCUGCAAAUGAAAAGGAUAUGUGAGGGAGAAAACGGAUUCACUCAGGUAGGCUGGAGAACUGCGGUCAGCUCAGUUUUGCGAAAUACCGCUGUGGAUGGAUCUUGAAGGUCAGUUAGCUCUCAAGUGUGUUUACAUUAACCCGAAGCAAGUGUGUUCGGUGUCUAAUUAAUGCAGCAAGAGGCCUUUGCUCUUGCUAUCAUUCGAUCACUUUCCAGGCUGCGUGUGUGUGUUUUUGAUCUCGAGGAAGCCUGAUGGGGGUGUGUUUCCUUCUCUGAGAUCCUGGCAGUAUUCCCCCGGGCAGCAGUGAGUCUUUUUAAGGUUUUCUCUGUCUUCUUGUCCUCCAAUAAAAAGAGGAUUGUUUUCUCGAGGUCUAAUUCCUCUGUCUUGGCAGGGUGGAUUGUUUUCACUGAAAUAUCAUACAUCUGCAGGCAGUGAAGCUGGGUUAGUGUUUGUUAUGACUGAGAAAUACUUGAUGUAAAGAAGACGUUCAUCACCAGGCGUUAGAUCCUUUUUUCACUCUAUACAUGGAAGUAAUGUCUGGUUUUGUUUUUAGCUGCCGUGUUCAAUCAUCUACUUUCAGUUUAGUUUUUUUCACACAUUGUCUGCUGAUGACUACUCUGUUGACCACUCAUCUUUCCCUCACUUUUGUUUCAUUUGUUGUGCUACAUUGUGAGUUAUUAUCACCUCCACAUUUGCCAGCUUUUAGCGAGCAAACCCUGCACCCUUAUUCAGCACUUCCUCUUUAAGUAUUUUAAACCGCAGUUCUGUUUUAGUUAUUGGGUCUGAGAGGCGCAAAUAUAUUCUGUGCACUGACAAAAAAAGUUCAGUUUGACUCAUCUUGUAGAUAUUCUGAUAAAAUUAGGGUGUCUGGAUUUGGUUAUCCUGUUUGUGUGGAAGUUGAGGCCAGAAAUGGUAAGUCCAUGUCUGUAAAAUGAUCAAUUUUAAGCUAAAACAAAUGAUGAUUCAGGGAAUUUUAAAAACGCAGACAGACGGAAAGAAACAUGAUGGUAAUAAAAGGCUCUUGAAGUCAAAAGAAGUCUAUGAAUUCAAUCUAAUUUUGUUCAUUCCAUCUCAGAACCCAGCAGCAUUCAUCAUCAACAUCUGACGUUGAGAUAUGUACCCCUGAGGGUGCCAACUCCUCAACAAUUCCUUUGUAGCCAGCAGCCAUUGUUAAAAGACUUCCAGCCUAGACUUCAAUGCUUUUUGGUCCUUCGUAUUCCCUGGAGUAGUGCCAGUUCUUGUGUUUAAGGUUGGUCGAAGUUCAGCAGCAGACAGAAAGAAACACAAAGGCUUUGCUCGAGUUCAGACUUACAGUACAUAGUGGAAAGUGAACAAACACAUUGCAGAAAGUAAACUGUUUAUAAUGCACAUUUGGGGCUCAUGACGUAUGUGCUUGCUCUGUCUAUGUUUAAUCAGGACUGAGCUUUGGCAUAUGUCAAUAAUGUGUCUUUUGAAAAAAACCCACACUCAAGUUGAGGUCAGGGGAUAUGACUUUGAUCAUAAAUAUUUAGUACAUGUUGUACAGUAGUCACAAAAGAUGAAAAUGGAACAGAGUGGUCGAAGUAGCGUUUAAUAGAGCUGCUGUAUUUGAUUACAAGAGGGUUACAGGUGGUUAUUAUGCUGUGACUUUCUGGUGUAUAUCCAUGUAUAUUUUAGUUGUUCCCAUCACUGAAUUGUUACUGAAUUCCAUUUGAGUAAUGAGUGAUUUUGUAAGAGAUUGUUAACCAAGAUUUCUAACAUGUCAGAAAUUCAUCUGACCGGUUUGAGCAGCUGAUCUGACCAUGAUCUUACCCAACAGUGUGGCUCGACUUCAAAAUCAGUCAUACAACUAAUAUUUCAGGUCAGAAUCUUCAGUUUACAGAGUAUGCUUGACCUAACUUCAGUUUUAAGAGGAGAGGAAAUCAACUUUUUAAAAUGUUAAACACCUGUAAUGCAUUUGUGGUAGUCAGGAAAUUUGAAUGCUGAUUGACUCUUGUUUAGCAGGUUUGUCCCUCAAGUUAAUAUCUAUUUUAAAACAAACAGUUUGAUGCACUUGUAUGGAGAAAUUCCUCUAUAAAGAUAGAUGUUUUGCCGAGAUAUCAUUCAUUUAAUUACCCAUGAUGCACACCAAGACUUUGAAGGUCUUAACUGCUUCUAUAAUCCCCACAUAAAUCAACAUUUUUUUGUGGUUUGGAUUGUCUGACAAACACUGUAAGACACACACAGAGGUCAUCUUUGGCUCUGGAAAGUUGCAGCAGCUUAAGACGGUAAAAUAAUUGAGGGAUCUGUCAGUGAAAACAAACUCAGCUGCAGCUUUCAAACUGUUGCCUGACACAACAAAACACAAAACAAAGACAGGAACAGGAUCAGCUCGUCACUUUUAUAUUUAGUCUCCUGAAUCCCAGCAGGAGCAGAGGUUCACUCAGUCCAGGACAACACUUCAUACUAUUCUUUUACAGAGUCUGAAAUUAGUUAUGUAAGAGGUCUUUAUCUUACAAGCACAAAAAAAGAGCAGGUUUCUAUCUCUGCUUGUUUUGUUCUUCGGUUGACGGGAAUCCGCUGCAGUAUCGAUGAACUGAAGCACAUGAUGAGGGUUCGACUGUACUCGAAGCAUUGUCUUUUUCAAAAUCAAUUUGCUGUUGUUUGGCUUACAACAGUUUGAUUAGUUAAUUGACAGGCUUCGAGCAGCCGGUAUCCAUUUCCCUUUCUCUUCCAGCGAAACCAGCUGAAAGUUUAUCGCUUUUUUUUGCCCUUUGUUUGAGUAGAACUGAUUUUGUUGUCAUGUGAGACAAAGUAAACCUAAGCUCUGAUUCCUUUCGAAUGUUGUGCAAACUAUAUUCAGAUUUUGAGAAAAACUUGCAAUGUUUAUGAAUGAAAGCGGAGCUGGUAACACUAAUUCAUAACUCUUACUUGCGGCACUACUCUUUUUUUUGAUAAUCUCUUCUCAGCUCUUUGGAUCUCUGAUUUGAUCUGGCUGAUAAACAGCUUAUUUUAGGGAUAUGAGAAACGAUCCAGUAUUUGAAUAAUCCAUUUCCUCACAUGAUCAAGAGACCGAAAGAUGAGAUAAGCUUUAAUUAGAGCUCAGGAGACAAAGCUUUUAUUGUAGCAGAUAAAGACAGAUAGUAAAUAUCAAGAUAAAUAAGGAACAGGAAAUACAAAUCACAUCAAAAUUAAACAAGUGUGAACAUUUCAAGCAAAAAUAAGAGUGGACUGUCACUAUUACUGAUUUGACAAUUAGUCAACCCCCAUUCUCAAGCAAUCACACACAGACAUAAGGCUGGAAAAUAUCACAAAACUUCACAGCGCGUAAUUGCAGUGCCUCCCUAUGUACACUGGAGAAAAAUACAACCAUACUUUGAUUAUUUGGGUCUAAAAGUCCACAUUUUCUGGGGUCAAGCCCUCUAUAGAGAAUAAGAGACAACAGUGACUCACAACACUUCACCCGGCGUGCUGCAGAUGUCGACACCCAAAGUAAACACUCCAGUGAGGGUGGCAGCGGCGUCGACCAGCACCAGUGUCAGGUGCUGCUGACAGCGCCAACACUCCUGCAUAAGUGAGCGCCUGUCUCACACUUCAUGCCAGUAUUUCUGUGAGGCAGCAGCAGCAUGGCGUGCAUGUUCACAUUUUACAUUCUGUACAUUGUACAUUCACAUUCUCUGCAUAACACUCACUCAUACCGGUAUUUAUGAUUUAUCCACAUCACUGGUGGCGUAACUGAAACUUCUUUAGAGAAAACAUUGACUCAUAAAGUGAUAGUGUCUUAAAGUCAUAAGUGGUUGUUGUAUUUCCUACAUUGUGAAACUAUGCUUUUAUUUUGAAGUGUAGACUGGGGUAGAUUGUGAGUUGCGGGACCAAAUGAAAGCAGUUAUAAGAAGGGUUAGAAAGUAUGAAUGUUUAAUUGAUUCGUAGUUGAGUUUCAGUUUUUAAAAGUGCUGAAUCAUCUUUUAGAGAGAUGAUUUUUCCCACAUAAUAUAAAUAUUUUAUAAUUUAAUAAAGAUGGUUACUUUAAGUACCUGUGUACUGCAACAGCCUUAGAUGGGAGUUUUUUAAUAAAAAACAACUAUUCGAGAUUCUGGGAGAUUCAUUAGCUCUGUGAAAACUGCAUAGAAAUAUGAGGGGCAACAGAAAGUACCAGAACCCAUCUCCUUCUUAUCUGCAUACACAGACUUGACUUUAUCACUUCGCUUUGAGAAGACAUUUUCCUCUAUGUUAGUCAUGGUUGUGAAAUGUAGGAGAGUAGCUUGUUUUCCAUUUGUACUUAGGAACAAAGCAGCAGCAGCUUGAUGCAUUCAGUGCUUGAAAUCCCAGGUCUUGCUGCGCCCUGAUGUCCUUUCAUUAUAAACUCUGACAUUUGCACUUACCGCGAGUAGGAGGCGUUGCUCUUUGACGAGUGUGCUGGUUGCAGCUUUGCUCUGACCAGGAUUCAGUUGUUAAGUUGUUGUGGGUCACAAAUUGCUGCAGUGUGCUGCCAAUUUCACCCACCGCUGUGGCUGCAUCAGUGUUGGAGGAAGUACAUUUGUGUCAUAUGAGGACUCAAGUCAUAAUGUGUGUAUAAAACACUAUAUGCACGUUUCAAAUGGUGAUGACAGUAUUGCAAACUUUGAGUCAGAGCAGACUUUGGUGGGAUAGGAACUGGUAUUUUGGUACACAAGACUAAAAGGUAAUAAAGUGUUGGAUAAAAGACAAAUGGAUUAAAAAUAGAGGGAAAAAGUCGAAGAUCAUGACAGAGCUCGUUGUUCUUCUGCUCUUCUCUUGGAUGCAGUGAACAAGUACAAGUUGUAAACCCGGUUUAUAACCAGGACACUCACAAACACCCACACACACACACAGAGGGACCCAUCAGCACCACAAAUCUCAGUGAUGGGCUAAACCGUGCCCUUUGUUUGGCCAUUGAGGGAGAGGGCACAAUGGGAGCAGUGAAUGUCGCUGAAUGGGAGUUGAUUGAUGGCCCUCACCCUAGCCUCGCCUCAUUGGCUGUAACGGCGAGGUGUGAGCCCCUGUCCGCUCACUCGCGUCCGUUGUCUGGGCAACCGUUGGAAUCUGUGUCGUAUCCCGAAAUAAACGGCUGCUGAUACUCGUGAAAACGUUGCGUUGCGAGCGAGCGAGAGGAGGAAAGCGGAGUGUGAAAGGAGGCGCAGACUGUGACGUCUGAAUGAUGGAGACGUUUCACACAUGCAGGUACGCAGGUUUAGCUCGGCGCUCGCUCUUUCUCUCCCUGCUUUGGAUUAGGGAUUGAGUAGGCUAAACUGACAGUGAAUAGACACACAUCAGCGGUGAUGCCGGGUGUGUGAGUAACACAGUGUGGAUUAACCAACACACAAACACUCUGCCCAUUAAAAUGAUCCUACACACACACACACAUACAUACACGGCAGCCCCCCCCCCCCCCAACCCAACCCAGUCAUAUCAUAUAAAGCUGAAUCUUUGCCAAUUAUUAUACUAUGUGGAGCAGAUGUAUUCAGCUAGCUGCCUACAUUCGGUCCGACCCCCUUUGGCGUAUUAUUUUCAAAGAGCUGAAACUCGGCUGUAAAGCUUCUGCACAGUCAUUGGAACAUUAUGUAAUAGAUACACACAUUUAAUGUAAAGAUGUAGUGUAGAUGAAGCUUAUGUGCAGAUGAAGAGGCUCUCUGUGCAGUGCUGUCAUACUUGAAGCUGAAACUAAUAUGCUUGAUUAAUUGAAUAGACAUCUUGUGGUCUAUAAACUAUUUAUCGCUCCCGCUUUAUUAAUAACUGGAGAUACAGUCUCUGCCAUCACUCCCUGUCAAAUUGAGGGAACACCCUCCAGUGUUAGCUCUCCGUUCUGUGUGUCUGCAGAAAAAGAAAAUCAGUGUAAAUACACUUUCCUGGCUCUGCAAACUAUUGUCAACCGCUCAGUUGACUUUGUAAUUUGCAGUGCCACGCUGUUACUGUGACGUUCGCUUAAAUAGCAGCAGAGGUGUGAUAAUUGCUGCUUUUGAGCUCUUGUAGUGGCUCUUGGAAAAUAUGCCUUUGUCUUUGCAUGUCAGGUUUUUUCUGCAGUAGCUGUAGCCACAGUUUUCCAAUCUACAACUCAUCAUGAGUAAGAGUGAACGACAUUACCUGCUGUGUUGUUUUUGCAAGCUCCAGAGAUGGAUUACUUUUGCAAAGAGUUUUGUCUCUACAUCUUAUCAGCAAUUUUCUACAUCGAUAUUUUAGUCCAAAAUGCCAAAUCAUUUUUUGGCUCCCACUUUUGGAUUUUUAAAGCUCAUGUCAAAAGUUUUUUUUCACAUAUCAAUGAAAUAGCUUGAAAUUCACAAUGAUGGGAUUUAAGAGCAUAAAAAAGCAAACAAAAGUAUCAGCAACAAGAUCGGAAAUUAAUUAAUGCCUUUUAAACUGGGGAAGGGGUAGGUUUCAGAAUUUCUACAUAAAAUAGUCGCAAUGAAUUAAACAACUCACCGUCAAAAAUCAGCAGAAGGAGACUUUUUGUCUGGAGACACUAUUUAGGCGUGCAGAGGACAUAAUAAGCGGAGACUGUUCUGUCGACAGGGGGCGCCAACAUUGAUAAAAGCUGAAAGAUCCUUAAUUGAGAAACUUCUUCAUGAGUUGAAGAGGCAAAUUAAACCACCAACAAGAUGGUCAGUGUCUUUAAUAAUUCCCUAAAUCAUAGUUAGGGGGUAGGUGUCAGACGGUACUAUUUCAACCUUUUUUCAUUUCCCACAGCCAAUAUCCACAGUGAGUGAUACAUCGUACUGUCAAAAGAAAGCAGGAUGUUCUGUGCAUGAAGGUGUAAAAUGGACACAAACAAAAAGUCCCUGACAGGAGCUUUGAUGGAUACCACUGGAAAGUGGGAGUUUGUCUUCAGCAAGCUUUUAUGUUUUUCUUGUAUUUCUCUGAACAAUAUUAGAUGUUCAAUCUACAACGUGAUUCAUCAAUAUUGAAAUAAAUAAGAUUUUCGCAGCCUUACAUCAUCAGUGAUGAAUCAAAAAUGAAUCAUUUGUUGUGGUUCCCUGUAAGGCUCCAGUGAAGACCUUUUUGUUAAUGAUUUUACUAAUAAUGUAACAUUUAUUUUCAGAAUGCAUCACACCCUAAAACCUGUCAAAAUCUACUAUUAUUUACUAUCUUAUCUUAUUAUGGCAGACUGUGAAAACCAGCUCCUAUUCACUCCAGCUGUGAAGAACUUUUGCCGUUACUGGAUCAAAAGGGACUUAAUGAUCACUUGAAAUUAUCAGCUUAGCGGCUGAAUAACUUUGUCAAACAAUUACGCAAUAGUUUCGGCUCAAAGGUAAAUAAAGUAACACACACAUGCCAGUCUCUGUUAUGUAAUCCCCAGGGAGCGUAAGCAUGUGUCGGUGUGUUGACAGAAGAAAGCAGGUCAGUCAGACUGCAUGGAUAGGUUUCAAAGUUACUAUCAUGUCAGCUGUAACUUGUACUCUUGCCAGAGCCAGUGAAGUCAAAUCUUGUCAGUGCGUUGGUGUGUGUGUGCGUGUGUGUGUACUCGCAGUGCAGAGCGGAGCGGAGCUAUGCUCUGAAUCAUACAUCCAAGAAUGGAGUGUCUCUCUGUAGAGGUGUUGAACGCAGCCUGACUGUUUCCUCUGAUAUAUUUGGAAUUGAAAUACAGAGCAGACGAGUGUACAGAGUGUGUGCAUGAGUGUCUUAUCGUACUAAAUGUACCAAUACCUCAAUUUGCUUGAUUCAGCAUGCACUCAGGAUGAUUCGUUGUUCUGCAGAGCCACAGACGUUUCUAUCUAGUGCAUCUCUGACUAAUAAUGUUUCUCAAACCUGCAGCACAAUCAUUUUCCCAUCAUUUUUACAUUUACUGUAGAUUAAUGCAAAUGAGCAAAUAUGCAAAUCAAACUCCAGAGGGGUUGGCAUUUUAAAUGUCAUUUAGAUAGUAUGUUGACUCUUUAAAAUAUCUAAAAGAAAAGCCUCCAGUCAGUUAGUUUGCAUAACAAGACAACCUUUUGUUUUUUUCCACAUAAUGAUGUUUCCUGCUCUCCCACAAUCCAUUGCAGUGGAAGCUGCUGAGAGGUUUUUGCUUGCACUGACACUUUCUCACUCUUCCUUUUUCAAAACCUCUUGGUGGUCCCUCUUCAGAUGUGUUGUUAACAUGGUCGUGUUAAUGGAGAUUUGUUUUUGCACCUCCUCUCAUCCCCUGUGCUUUACAAGCAUCAUAGAUACCUGUUUUACUGUCGGCUUCUUCCCUACAGUCACCAUGUUAAAGCUCAGCAGGAAUUUUCAUAUUUGUCACUAGGACUGGGCGAUAAACCGAAAAUUUACUGAUACCGAAAUUUAACACAAUAACCAAUGCCAUUUUGCCCAUGUCGAUAUAUUUUGUAUCAUGAAAAAAAAAGAAAGAAAAGUUGGUUUUCGGAGACAUGACUCCACCGCAUCCAGUCUGUAACAAAGAGGGAUAGACAGGUGAGGAGAUGGAGGAUGGUUCAGAAGUUGUAGCGGCUGAAGUAGACAAAGUUAAUGUGGGAGGAGGUGAGCAGCUUGUGGAGUAGUUAUCAUCCAUUUAUCGUUAUUGAGGUGAACUAUAUCGUGAUAUUGAUUUGAGGCCAUAUCGCCCAGCCCUAUUUGUCACUACCAAUAAAAUGCUGAUAAUAAUGACAGCACUGGAUGUAUUAUAUGAGUUAAACUGUCUUUAUAGACGUUUCUAGGGAGUCCUAUUUGUAUUUAUUGAAAUUUCUUUUGAUAAGAUCAGUGUAUUAUUAAUAUUUACAUAUCAUGGAUGUGCUUUUUGGAACUUUUAGUCAGUUGUUGACACUGAAUCUAUAAAAAAAAUCAUGCCAGAUGGGUCUUAAAUGUACAAAAUUAUCUGUUCAUUCAGUCUCCUGUAUUAUCGGGUUACUGCAGCUGAAGAGACAGGAUUUUAAAAUGACUGUUUAAAGGCCGAAAAAGUGACCUCUGACCCUCAUUCCUUUGUUUUAUAACUCUAAUCUGAUCCUGCAGGUUAACCUGUGGAAUUCAAACACUGACCUCCACUUGUUGCAGCACACAGGAUUUCCCCUCUUUCUCCUCCUCUCUUUUUUUCUUCUUAUGUCAUUCCACAUCUUCAUCACUUCCUCUUCUCUCCUUCUUAAUCCCCUUUUUACUAUUUCUGUCUCCGUCUCAAGAUUACAACCUCACACAUCUGUAUCUUCCUCUCCCGCCCUGCUGACUAUCCUACCGAGGGCUUUUUGAGGCAUCUGCUUGAAUCGGAGCAAAGGCUGCUGGGUAAUCUUGGUCUUGAAAGCAGAGAUUAAAAUCUCAGAUUACAAGAGGAGAGGGGGGGAUUACAACCUUUUUUUUUUUAUGGAGUCAAAAAUUGUGUGUGGGUGUGAAAAGCAGGUCAAAUAUGAGCAUCUGUGUGGCUCCGGUUGUGUAAAUGAGCUGUAGCUGUGUUUCACUCUGAGUGUUCACUUUUACAGCUGGUUUGUGUGUGUCAGUGUCUGUGUGUGUAGGUGUCGCAGCAUUAAGUCAUUAGCUGAUGUUGAGCUCCUUUGAAAAUAAUUGGAUUGCCAACAGUUCAUUGAUUUCUGACUCGAUAUCUACUCGCUUUUUUGCGCGAGUGUGUUCCAUUGAUUCAUUGUUGUACCCAGUUCCUCUUUGGCAGCAUAGCGAACUAUUUCCUCUCUGUUGUUGUUGUUUUCUUCUUACUUUUUCACCUACUUUUUGCAGAAAACUAAUCUCCCUAGAAAGUUUACCUCCUCUUCCACCUCAGCAGUUGUCUCCAGCUCUCAAAUGAGCCCCUUAAUUGUAGAAAAUGUACCGUAUCAAAAAGGAAAUAACCUUUAAUGUAACUCUCUAAAUAUAGCCUGUUAUCAUCAGUUAUCAUUAGCAUCAUUCAUUGGGAGACAUUAGUUUAAUUACAGCCAACUGAUAAGACCUGAACAGAUUUGCAGGCUGUACUGAAUGUUGUGCGUCAUCCAGUCUGGUCUGCAAUCCUAUCAUGGGUGCUGCUCCGCUCAGAUAGUUUCAGAUCAGCGCUGUAUGAUCUAAUGCUGUCCUUUGAAAGGCUCUUGACUCUUUUCUUUCGCUCAGCAUCAGAGGAGUGCUGCAGAGAGGAGACAAACAUCACAGUAAUAUCCUGUUUACACUGGAAGGAUAUGAAGUUUGAGCAGCAUGUGGCUUGGGUUGGUGAAAAACGAACGUACAGUAAAGCAAACGAAAUAUGGAUAAAGGCAGUACACUGUUACCCUGACUAAUGCAAUAACAGUUAACAUAUCUGUAAUGACUCUAAGCAGAUAUACCUUCAAUUAUGACUCACUGCAUCUGUACUCCAUCCCCUCUCUUUGUGGCAUGAAUGAGGAUGAUCCCGCACUUUGUCUUAUCGGUACAUUUUGUAUUCUCCAGAGCUCCUGUGAGGAGUUUGUCUUUUCUUAGGAAACAAAGUGAAAUUGAUGACUGUCAGCGACAAGAUUGAUUAUUUUUUUCAAUAGUUUUUUUAAUGCUUAAAAUCACUGGUUGGAGUAGGUAUCAGUUAUGUUAAUUUACUUCAUGCCACAUUUCGCUACAUUAGCGAUGGGCGAUAAAUUAUUGUUCACGAUAUAUCGUCAUAAAAAUCCUCCAUGAUAAAUAUUUGCCAUCUUAUGACACGAUAAAUGCAAGUUGAUGAUGUAAGCGCAAGCGACGAACUUGCAGCCAUAGCCCACACAGAGCAGAAUAACAAACAAAUAAACAUGGCUGAAAGUAAUGAAGAUGUUUCUGAGCAGCUCGUUACAAAAUAAGGCUCCACAUGAGGGAUUUCCUUCAAGAUUGGGGCUAGAUGAGCGCAGUCAGGUAUGCCUGCCAUCGGACAGGGAUCUGCUGUUGUUCACUCUGUGCAAUAAGAGUUUUCAACAAAUGUUAAAUGUUUUCACAUUUGAGACUUGUUUGGUGUCAUUAGUUUUCUCCGUAACCUACCACUAAAACUCGUGGUUAAGUAUCUUAUUUGACUACUCCAGCUGGUGUUCUCAAGACAAAGAGUCAAAAAUAUAGAUUGAAAUUAUAAUAUUUUUGAUCUGGACUUUUAUCAUGAUUGCCAGAAUGGCAUAUCUUAUCAUGUUUUAUUUUUUAGCCCAUAUCGCCUAUCCCUUAUAGCCUCAUGGAUUGUGAUGGUUGGUCAGGAGGUCUGUUUCUAGCUUGAUGGAAAUCUCUCGCAAUAACUGUAGAACUGAUCGCCUUAAAACUGUGCACAAUCAAACAUUAUCCAUGGAUGAUAAAUCUUGCUUACUUUGCUGUUACCUGCCGCCUACAUGUAUCAAUCCUCAAAGUAUAACCAAAAUAUGUCAAUAUAUACUUGAUCAAGUUGCAUGAGUCAGGUAAGAGAUAUUAGUGUGCUCUGUUUGUUUCAGCGCUUUCCUGGUCCUUCACCUCCAAUCCAAUGCAAUCCACUUUAUUUAUAUAGCACAUUUUAAAGGAAAAUUCAAGUUUACCAAAGUGCUGCACAAUAAAAUGAAAAGAACAAACACUGCAGAAAUAAUAUAAAAAAAAACAUCAAGAGGAAAUAAAUAAAAGCUGGUAAAAAAACAUUUAAAAUGAAAAAAAAAAGAAAAGAAGUAAAAACACAAAAGCAUAAAAGAAAUGGAAGCGAUAAAAGGACCAUAAAAGAUAUAAAAGAACAGAGAUCACACAAUUCUCAUGCUGAACUAAAAGCCUGCUGUGACCAUGAGGUUCUUACUCUGCAAGAUUGAUUGUUGAAACUUGGUAACGGCUGACAUAUCAGGUCAAGGCUGUAGUAUUGUAAGUUAUAAUGAGAAGUGUGCUUACUGCUGAAAAAGCUGCUCAAUCUGUUAAAGUGAAUGUACCAGUCGAAUUUAUCUUGCUGUUCGAGUGUCUGUACUUUAAUGACUUAUAAUGCAGAGUAUUUAACCCUCACAGGAAAGCUGUUUUUUCUUCACAUACAGCCUAUUCAGGAACAUUUUGACCGGUCACAUUUUGAAUGAUCUUGUUAGUAGUUUUUUUAUGCGUUAGAAAAUCUAAAGCAGCAGUAGUCGCCUCUCCUCUUCCCUCCUGGGAGAAUCUCUCUGAUCACAGCUCUGAAUUUUCAGUGCACACGAAGAGGAAUAAGUGAUGAGAGUGUGAGGGCAGGAUAUCUCUGUCAGUCUGACUCAGUCUGACUUUCAUGCCCUUCUGUCUCAUCUCUCCAUCUGUGCCCCUUUAAUGAGGCUCAGGAGGGUUUUCCUCUGUCGUGUCAGAGCAACAGUUUGACACUGUCAUACGGUAUGGACGGCUCCGUCUGAGGAUCUACAGAGCAGUGCUGGGAAUUUUCAGUGCGUGUCUCCCAGCACACAUACUAUUCAAAUCAGAGAAACUGAGUGGCACCAAGUGAAUGAAAUUUUCAUUGACUUUGAGUGUACUAACCCAAAUGUUUCUGUUCUGAAAUCCAGUAUAAAUCCUCCUCUGUAAAUUCAUCUUUUAAUCUCUAGUCCCCUUGUGGGUCAAGAGUCACACCCUCGAUUGUCAGGGUUUUAUUCAGAUUACACAAAGUGACACACCUGGGGAUUAAGUUGUUGGUUGCUAUGUUGUGGAUAUGCAGAACUGACAAGCAAGAAGCAUUAACUCUUUCAGGGCUGCAACUAAUGUAUUAUGUAACCACCACCUCAGAUAAGGUUUUCCUCCUAGAACCAAAAUAUGCAGUUUUCUGUCUCAGAGGAGUAAAAUAUAUGAAAAUGACCAGGCUGGCAGCAGCUAUGGGAAAAGGUGAGAAUGUCCUAGCCACACAUCGGUCUUCACCCACAAAAGUAAAUACAGGUAAAAAGUGUUUGUCUGAUAAAGGAACAGGUUUAUCAAAAUUUGUGCAGGAUCUGCAAGUAAAUUAUCUAAGAGCCCACCUUCUGUACAUGCUGUUUUGCAUGCCCAGACCCAGCACACUGAUGCUUACCACAGGCUGAACAAACAGAGAAUUCCCCACAAGGAGCAAAUUCACCACAUUUCCAAGCUGCCAAUACCAAGUUGAAAGAUUUGCAUUCUGUAGAUAGAAAACAACUUUUAUUAUUUUCCAUGUAUGUUCUCAGUUUUUUAUUUUUUUUAUGAGGUGCAUUGCAUUCAUCAUGCAUAAUGAAGGAUAGUCUCUCCUUGUUAGGGCUGGGCAAUAUGGACAAAAAAGAGAAACAAACUUUAUUAAUUUAAUUAUUUAAUUAUUCAUUUUACAUAAACUUUAUUUACCAUUUUAAUCACCUUCUUCUUAAAAAAACUUACAAAUCACAAAGAUGUGGCUAACACUGUGGUUUUGUCUGAGGUAUGACACAACCAAGGAAAACCAGUCUCAAAAUGACCAUCAAGAUUAUGGAAAUAAUCCUUUCACCUACAGUAGCUGCCAUGUUGUUACUGUGUGUGCUUGUCCCUGCAGGAAGUGAACAGGGGUGGGGGAGCCGGUUUUAGGCAUGACAGGAGGAGGUGUUUAUUUUUGAGACUCUUUCAAAACCACAAAUGCAGUUUAAUCGAUUUAUUGCACGGCCCUACACGCUGUGAGCUGCAAAGAUGGUAGAAGCAAAGACAGAGUCUCACGUGUUUAAAAAAUCACACUACUUGAAUGUUUACUGGCUCUUGAAUGGAAAAUAUUCAAUCUUUGCUUAGUUAAGAUUGUGUUUAAAGUGCUAAAUUUUAUCAGACAUGAAUAAUCCAGAAUAAAACCUUGAACUUUGAGGAAAGUUCAAAGUUUUAAGCUUCUAUACCAGAUUCAGCCUGAAGAAGUGCUUGAGCAGAUGUUGAGUUUGUCUUUCUUAGGUCUUGAAUUUUAAUUAAUUUGAAAAUAUCAAAAAGAUGAUAAAAAAAGAUAUUUAAUUCUGGAUGAAGGUCUUGUUUUAUAAGCCUUACAUAAAACAUGUUGCAUCAAAACUCCCGCAUGAAUCAGCUUCAGAAUAUGUUUUAUAAUUUGGAGCAGGAUUUAAAAAACAAACUGGUUAUGCCACUGUACUUUCAUUUUUGUUAUCUAAAUGUUCAACAUAAGACAAUAUUUAAGUCCAUGGUUAUGGCAUCAAUCUGUCCUGGUCACCAUGUAACACAUCCUCAACAUGCUGAUUCACACGCGCUCAAAAAUCAGCUCCAGCUGCUGAAGUAGGCUUCAGAUCCUCCUCAUAGAUUUCCUGUUCUAAUCACGCUCAUCUCUCUGAUUUUCAUCGCCUCUGUGAUUAAGUGGAUAGACUUAGAAAACAGGAGCAGAUUAGUUGAAACAAUAUGACAACAUGACAAUGAUUAAAUUGUGAUUGAGUGGAAUGAAGUGGCUCGGGCAGCAGGAUUAAACAUGAUAUUUUAAGCAGCCAUGAUUUUUAGAAAGCACUGUGACUAGAUUGGAUUUACAAUCUCUGUGAAUAACGAGGCGACUCUACACAAUGCGGAAGUGAUCCAUAAAUAAUCGUAGCCCAUCGAAAACAGCUCUGUGCAGACUGGAGCUCUGACAUAAGUGUUGAAUUUGUCUCUCUCUCAGCCUCUGGAUAACACGGACGUGUCCUGUUAAGCCUGCCGCGAGCUCAGCCUAUUGUGUAGGCGUGUGCAGAGAGCUGCCUGUUAAGACUUGAAGUCAGUUUUCAGUCUGUGCAGCAACACUGUAAUCAGACACACGCUGUUUACUUCCACGCAGCCACACCUUGGGUUUGGCUUCAGCUCAGGUGUGGGGUUGUUUCAGGUGUGUUACGCGUGCAGAACCGAAAGAAGGAAUGUGAGGAGACCCAAAGCCCAGACAGAACCAUAUAUGGAGGCUUUGGAGCUAACGUUUUGUAAGUCUGACAGCCAGCGUGCUCUGACAAAGAUGAGAUGAUAAUUGUGGUUAUGCAGCACUUCUUACCAAAUUAAAUAAGGAUAAAAAAUGAAACAAAUAAUGAGCGAAAAGAACAAUAAAAUGAGGAUUUCCGGGUUAGAUAGUGAAACAAAAUCAGGGAAAAAUCAUCGAUUAGAAACCCAAAUACAGAUGUGAAAAUCUAUAAAUGUACUUUAUCAUACAGGUAGUAAAAGAAUAUGCUGAUCAGAUUUAGAGAGAAUCAGACAUUGUGCAUUUUACAGUCAGGGCCCUGCAUUGUCGUUCACAUUUGUUAGAGUAAUCCAGAGUAAUAAAACUUCAUUCAUUGCCUAUAAAGUCAAUAAUAGUCGAUAAACGGUGGCUUUAAUGAGAGGAUAAUUAUCACUAGUUAUAAAAAAAGGGCCCAAAAUUCCCAGAUGUUUUCUUGCUUUCAUAUAACUCCUCCUUUUUAAGUCUUUUGUGAUAUUAAAGUACACUGUCGUUUAGUUUUAAAUUCUAAGUUGGACAAAAACCUUCAAACAAAAGUAAAAAUAAAGGACUUGCUCUAAGGUUUAGUGAAUUAGAUGCAUUUUUAAUGCCAUUUUUGUUUGUAUAAAAUGCAUAUAAGGUAUUUUGUUGUGUUUCUGUGUUAAACCCAGAAAGUGGCAUUGAAGAGAAUACUGACCACUUGAAUGUAGAAAGCAUGCUGGAUACAUGUUCAACCAUAGUACAGGUAGCUACAGCACUACAAAGAGCUACACAUUUGCAUAAAAACAGCACUUAAACUAACACAAUGAAAGUUUGCAUUCAAAAAAGACUGAAUUUAAAAGUAACGCCUUUUAAUAAAUCUGUCAAAGCUAACAACACCAUACUUAACAUGAUAGACAGUAUGUAAAACCACAAAAGGGAAUCCUCCAUUUUUUACUUUCUUAUACAAAAUACUGUGUGAUAAAUAUUGUAAUAGUGAGUGAUAGAUUUUACCAUUAAAAUGAACAAGAGUGAGAUCUGCGGAGCUCAUGCCUGAGUUAGAAAUGAUCAACAAAGAAAUACUGGGUAUGACUUGGGCACCAAAAUCAAUGCCAGCAUAGAGGGUCUCACAGGAGCUUUGAAGAGGAAUACCUCCUAGUGGGACAAAGUUCUGAAUCAAAGUAAAAUAAGGAAAUUAAAGUCUUAUUAACUAAUUCUUCUAAGAUUCUGUCAUCAUGACUUGGUGGUAGAAAUAGUGAUUCCUCUAAAUCAUUUUUACCAUCAAUGUAAGAGUCCUGAAACUCAAGUUUAUCUACAGAGUUUAAAACCCUGAGGCAGAAAAACAAUCCUUGUCUUUACCUCUUUUUAAGGAUUUUCAUUAUAAUGUCCCUGUUUUUUGUUUUUUUCUUCUGCGCUGAAUAUCGCCUGAGCUCUUUUGUUUUUAUAUUCUAGUCUACCCCUCAUAUCCCGUCGGCUCUGCGACUGUUGUUGCUUUCCAUUUAUUCCCUCGGUUGUCUCUCCGCUCUACCUCUGGAUCCCCUGGGGGAAGGUCUGCCUGUCUGCUGGCUCCUCAUCCCCACAGGAGGCUCCUCUCUGAGGUCACAGAGUCACAGCUCAUCUACCUUCCAGGCAGGAGACGCUCUAGUCCAAUUACUGUCUCAUUUCACCUUAAACUGUAUUUUUAUGAUGUUAUAGGUGAACUGGAAACUAUUUUCAUCUCCGUGCAGGACUUGAAUUAAGUAUAAGUUUCGAUGCAGCUAGGAGGAACUCAAUCACUAAAAGCUGUUAGGGCAGCUGUUGUCUUGAAUUCUUUACAGUAAAAAAAAUCAGAUAUUCAUGAAAGUACUCUUGUGAUAAUUUAACAAUUAGAUUUUAUGUAUGUGAUUAUCCUCUAAUACCUUUACUGGAGAAACUUUCUUGGCCUAAUUAUUAAAAUAACCCGAGGAGCUGUAAGAAAUAAACCUUUAAGUCACAGCAGCAGCAUUUACGUAAAAGUUAAAAGAAACACUCUGGAGCUAACCUGAGAUUUAUGCAGCGUUUUUUAUCAGCCACAGUGUGCUGAAGGUAAUCUGAAUGAUAGAUAGCGCUGUUAGAGACCAAGUGUGGGACUGUUUCAUUUAUUAUUCAAACAACAAUGUGUUUCCAAAUGUAUCUGAUAAUUUUCCCAGAAAGCCUUGACUCAUCAGACAGCACAAAACGCUCCGCUGCUGUUUAGCUCAUUUCUGCCUCGCAGGUUGAAUAGAUGUGAAUUCAGUUGCAGGUGCAGUGGUUUUUGUAACCUGCACACCGUUCAGUAGCAGCAUGAUGCAUUAGUCUUUGUGUACGAGCUUUCCUCUGGCACUCUGAGGAAAAGCACAGCCAUAAAUUACCGGGAAUACUCAGCUGUGUUAUUCUCAAAUCAGUCGGAACAGAGUGGCCCUGGCAGACCAAUGGGAGUUUGCAGAAUUCUGCUUUUAAAAACUUCACUUUCUGAGUGUCCAUAUUUAUGCAGAGAGCCUGCGUAUGUCCUGUGCUGUUAGGUAAGAAGGAGAUAAUAUCAGAUGAGCAGAGAUGUUUUAAAACUAGACAGUGAAACCCAUCAUCCAUUUCCAGCAAAGCCAGUUCAGCGGCAUGUUUGUCUGUCAGUUAGUUAUGAACCUGAAAUAUCUCUACGAUUUUGGAUGGACCACUACAUAAAACAUUCAAGUGAUGAUGAUAAAGUCAGACUGUGAAAUGUUGAUGUAAAAUAACUGUAUCCCUCAAAAAUGUGCAACAAAAAUAUUAUGAACAUCUUAACUGAUUUUAAAAAUGUCAGAUGACAAAUGAUAUGAGAUUAAAUGUGUUGUUCUUACAGCGUAUGCAGCGUAAACAUUCGGAUUAGUCAUCAUGUAUCAGAGUGGUUUCUAUAUUUGGUCUCCGUUUAUGCUUUGCAUUUACUAUUGCUGCCAUGGCUACCUUUGUUGUGCUUCCUUCUUCUGUUGGCUUACUUGCCUCUUGAUUGGCUAUCAAGUUGUUCUAUGAGACAUUGGAUAUCUCCCUGGAUCCCUCUUACACACAAGAAUUUCUGAUAUUAUGUUUAAUAUUUACCAUUUCUAUUUAGGGAGGCUCUGAUCAGAGGGAAGAAAAAUCACCAUUUACACUCUUCACACAAAGGGAUAAUCUGGUGAGAUAAUCUUUAGAGCCAUACAGCACUCAGGUCUUUGCUGACAGUGGUAGGAUGGGGUUGAUCGGGUCCAAAAUAGACACAAUUACUUGGUCGUGUGUGUCCUGCUUUAGCUGUAACACCGCCACCCUUCACUAACCAAGGCUGCAGCUCUGGUGAAUAUCUACUGCCAUAAUGCGAUGAUACUAUACUGCCUGCAGUUAAAUAGUGUUAUAGUUUUAUGUAGGCUGUGACUCGAUUAACUGGCUUCUGCACCCUUGAUCAGAGCAAUACGUGACCCGCAUAGGCAUGUGGACAUUAACCUACAAGGUUGGCUGAAAGCUGGUGUUGCUAGCUCUGCUAACUUUAGUCAUGCUCCGCAAAACCAUGACAUGAUAUAUUCUGGCUGUUUUUUGCCUUUAGUGGGAAAGAGGAGCUCCAGUCAAAUGACAAGGAAAUUUGAUGUCAUGUUUGGGUAGGGCUGGGCGAUAAACCAAAAAUUUGCCGAUACUGAAAUUUACGACAAUAAUCGACGUCAUUUUGCCCAUAUCCAUAUAUUCUGUGUCAAAAAAAUGAAUAAAUAAAAGUUGGUUUUGGAUGUGUGUAGGUAGGCUAUGGUCUCAUGUCCCUUUAAGAUGCUGUCCUACGUCAGAGAUGUGACUCCACCCCAUCCAGUUUGUAACAAAGAGGGAAAGACAGGUGAGGAGAUGGAGGACGGUUCAAAAGUUGUAGUGGCUGAAGUCGACGAAGUUAAUGUGGGAGGGGGUGAGCAGCUUGUGGAGAAGUUAUCGUCCAUUUAUCGUUAUUGAGGUGAACUGCUCAGUAUAUCGUGAUAUUGAUUUGAGACCAUAUCGCCCAGCCCUAUUUUUGAGUUUACAUGAAGGAGAAGACCAGUCACCAUGUUUUGGUCCAUCUUUAAGGGAGCUGUCGUGUUGCCCAUCUUUUUACACCGUCUAUAAGUACUACAUAAAAUCUACUCAAAAUGAAGAUGUAACUUUUGUCAAGUUGGCCAGCUGUACUGCAUGUCCACUUUUGGCUCUAAGGAACAGGUAGUGCAACUUCAACUAUAUUUUGUGCCAGAUACUCCUGCAGAUACUCUUAAUUCUGCUGCAGGAGUCAAAGGUUACCUCAGUCUAUUAUGAUGCAUGAGGGGUGAUGUCUGGGCUACUUUAUAUUCAUGUCAUAGGUUAAAGCGCUCUUUAAGGAGAGUCUGUUUUUAAAUCGUUAUUAUGGAAAUGCAGGUCGUUAACCUCUGUCCACGUGUGCAUGUCAUCCUGCUUUAAUGAGGCCGCUCCCCAUGAUUGGCCAAAGAAGGCCGCUUUAAACAUCUCCUCCAGUAAAUCUCCUCAUCUCCAGUCCAAAUCCUAUUAUUUCCUCCUCAGCACUCAAACACACACUCGUUUAAAUCAGCCUGUGCUAAUCUGUCGAGCUGCUUCAAACGAGGUUUGAGGCGACUAAAGAACAGCUAAUGCGGUUUAAUGUGUUAGGUUCAGUGAUUUGAAGCGCUCGUUUGUUUCUACUGAGACCAAUACUGAAUGAAACAUCAUGCAAAAAACAAAGAUAACCUUUGGCUUUCAAAUAUCAAUUUAAACUCAACUUCAAAGAUCCUAAUGUUUAAUUUAUGUAAAUUCAUCUUUCCAAGUCACAGAACAAACUGAUGAAUUAGUCCAUUUGUGUGUUUUUAAUAAGUUUUCAUUCGGUUAGUAUAAACGGACUCUUUCUUGUCAACCGCUUCCUAAAACAGAAGGCUCAUUUUUCAUCAUUUUGAUUUAUUCCAGUCUGCUCAGAGCUGUUUCCAUUAUCUCACACACACAUGAGUCGUGUAGCAUAUAAACAUAGCGUGGCUCUUAUCAUCACGUUCAUAUGUAGGGGUCAGGGUCUCGUUUUAUCUACCUGUGUCUCUGUUGACACUGAUAAAUAACAUGCAUGUAGAGAGCUUCACUUCAAAGUUAUCCUCAUGAGAUUUCAGAUUUCCUGUGAACAACCUUGACUUGAUGGAUCGCUGCUGCCGAUCAAUUAGUCUGUUCGCCACUUGAGGACAGAUGCUGAUUAGAUUCUGACAAAUGAGUCUCACAUCUGUGUUUGGGCAAAGUUACCCUGACUGUCUGAAGGGGAAGGGAGUGUGGUGGUGAAUGAGUGACAGUAUUUUUCAUCCUCUCCUUGUUUGUGACUUUUGUUUACGUCUGGUUCAUGUUAGCGCCAAAUAAAUUGACGGAUCAGAGGCAGGAAUAAACGCUCUCUCACUCUGACCUGUGAGGAUGAGAGAAAAAGUUUCCUUCGGCUGUUUCCUGUGUGUUUUUGUGAGGCCAUCAGCUCCCCACGGCAAGGUCCAAACUCCCAGCACCAUCAGCGUGUCCUCGGAUCAGCCGGCUUAGCGGGAGCUGGAGUAGUACUUCCUCUUCCUCUCUGUCCUGCUGUAAACACCAGAAGCUUCCUCUCCAGCUGAUUUUAGGAGAUUUGAAUAAAGAAAGCUGAUGCCAAUCAUGCUCUGAAGAAAACAGACGAGAAUGCUUCAUGUGACUCAUCUUCUCUGCUUUGAAUUUUCAAAUUCAAUGACGCUUGUUUCCACUCUCUUUCCUUGUUUCUCCUCCUUGCAGACGGAGGUAAAUUAGACAGAAACUGAUGGCCUCUAGCAGCCUCUGCCAUCAGUGUGUCAAUGUGGUGAAUGGGUUAAUGUGACAUGUAAUGUAAGAGCACUUAAAGUGGUCAAAAGAUGAGAGGAGUGCUAAUGUACACAGUCCAUUUGCUGUCAUUGUAUUUGGUCCUUUCACACCAAACAGCUUCAUUUCAGAAGAAGUUUCCAGUAAGUCUUCCAGCCUACCUUCCCGUGAUUGUAAGUGUGAGGUCGUGUCUGAGAGUGUCUCUCAAGAUUUUAAUCAAGUUGAGCCGUGUCAUAAAAACUAUGUCAGUUAGUGGUUGACUGAUGUCCUUUUUCAAUGGCUAAUACCAAAUAUGAGAGGGAAGGUCCGCCAAUAUUAAUAUCAAUUUUUCUUUUUUUUAUUUUGCAUUUGAUAAAGAUUUACCGAAGGGUAUUACAUUCACUUACAUAAAAAAAGGAAACUUUUUUUUUUUUUUUUGCUGUUUUUCAGACAAUUUUUUUUCUUCUUCCUGUUAUUCUGACUAUUUUUUGUCGUCUGUUCUUUGUACUAAUAUUUUUUUCCAUUCUUUCUAUUUUUCUGACAAAUUUUUAUUCUGUGUUUCGUACUAUUUUUCUUUUAAUCUUUCUGUUUCUUGGACUAUUUUUUUUUCCCUGACUAAACAAAUACUUAAAAAUCCUGCGAGAAUCUCAUACAAUCAGAUAACGUUAACCAGAGAUGGGAAUUGUGGAGUCACCAAGUCAUCUCCAUGCCAUGUAUUUGUUCUGCUCAGUUACUGAACCAGGUGCCUUCACUAAUGCGCUCACCUUCCUGGCUGCUCAUUGGAAGCAGCUGGUUCAGUGACAGAGCAGAACAAAUACAUGGCACGGAGAUGACUUAGUGACUCCACAAUUCCCAUCUCUGACGUUAACCAACACGGCUGCUCCAAAUCAGCGUAUUUCUCUGCUCCUAGAUAACUUCGACUACAGGGUCAAUGAGAGUAAAGCGUGUUAUUAGUUAAACAUAGAGUAUGCAAAUCCUGAGUUGCCAGUGCAAAAUAGACAAACCUAUGAUGAUUCCAUCUAUCUGACUUUGAAAAGGAGGUAUCUUCCAGUGUCUCAAGCCCAAAAGAAAUUAAAACUUGAUUAAACUGAACAAGUGGGCCAUGUUUGCUUCCAAUAAAUAGAGUAGAGGGGGAUGAAAACAUCUGUUUUUAAAUGAUCAUGAUCCCAGGCAUUGGAAAAACAAUUAGUCUGAAAAACAAAACAAAACAGACAAAUUUUUUUUUCUGAAAAACAGAAAAGAAAAAAAAGUCUGAAAAACAGAGCUUUUUUUUUUUGUAAAUGCAAUACGCUUCCGUCAAGAUUAACGCCGGAAAACAAGCAAAAAAAGUUGCCAAUCUUGAAUAAAUAUUUUAUCAGUUAAUUGUAACAUAAAAUAUUGGUUUGGUAAAAUAUUGGGUAAACAUAUUUCUGUCCAGUCUUUUGUCAUUACUUAAACAGAGAAAAGUGCAAGGAAAAUAUUUGGGUUAUAAAAGACAAACAAAACAAAAUAAAGUCAUAUGUUAUUCCAUCUUCCCAUAAAGAUAAAAAUUUUUGAUUAAACUCUGGCCGGUGACUGUUUUUGAUUAAAGAUUCUGUCAUUUCGGAAAGGAAAACAUGUUCUCUUAAGAAAAAACAAUGCCAAUUAUCUCAAAAUGCCGUUAAUCAGCCAAGUGGUAAUUCAGUCUUUCUCUAAUGUCAGUGUGACGUCUCUCUUUAUUCAGAACGACUCUGGUUGUGUUCAAUAUUAAAGGAACACGGUGUAAAUGGCAACAGGCCGACCUGCUGCUUCACCCGGCUCUUUAGAGGAAUGAGCGGUUAUUAGUUUGAUCAGUUUGACACCUUUGUACAAUAAAGCAACUUAAUCCAACCUCCUGCACCACACUGCGACUAGACAGGGCCUAUUUUUCUGAGUCAAAACAAAGUCGAAUAGUCCGGUUAGUAAGCCUUUUAAUAGAUGAAUUUACAUAGCAGAAAGUGUCAUCUCAUAAAAUAACUUUUUUAGUAACCUCAACGAUGAGGGACUUCCAGCGUCCCUAAUAAUCUGUCAGUUCAACAAUUUGGUUGCGUUUUAAAAUAAAUUCACUCAUUAAGAUUUCCCUCGACUCCCUGAAAUCAUUAAAACUCUAAAUGUCAUUAAUGUACCAUCACCUGUAUAAAAAACCUCUCUAUUUUAAUUCUCAUGAGACUUUACCUGCUGUCUGCCGUCAUAAGUGCGAGCGCCCUUUCAGCUGAAUCUGUGGGUGGUUAAAGGUAAAUCAGGAAAUAAUUAACAGGCCAUUAAAUAAUUAAAACUGAUGUUGUCGUUCUCAGUUGCAGUCAGAAAGCUUGUAUUGAUUAUUGUGUGAUUGCUCUCUCAACCCACUGCAGUUACUAAUUUAAAGAACAGCCGCCUCAACACCGAAUCUCCUGCUGUGGACUGGAUCGUACAAUAAUUGGACACCAGAUCAGGCUUUUAUUUUCACGAAUCAACAUCCCCUUCUCCUCGCCUCUCUUCUGCGGCCUCUCUCUUUCUCUCGAACACACAUCCUGGUCAUAAAUCAGCCAGCUGUGGGACGUUCAAGUGUGUAAACAUACGGUGGGCCUUGCUGCACACUCUGCAGUCCGAACACGUAUCAAACACCCAGUGGAAAGUGGGUCUGAGGGUGUGAGUGGCAAAUUACUAACAUGUGCGCAGUUCGAGGCAGCAUAUGUCUCAGAGGACGCACGUGCCUGCUGCACAGAGCAGUUAUCUGCCCACUCCUCGUCCCUGUGACCCCGAUCUGCACUAAAGGCCAUUUAGAUUAUUAUACAGAUGGGUGGACACACAGCCAAAACACACACACACACACUUAGCACACACCAACAUGGACAAACAACACUACAGGGCAUGUCCAGUACUCAAUAUAAAGCGGAUAUUCACUAUUCUUGAUGUAGAUAUUUCAUAUGUGCCAGAGUGCAGAAACAGGCUGUGAUAGAUUUUCUUUCAGAGAGAGAAAAAAGCUCCUGAGAGUCUCCAAAUGUGAUUUUCACACAGCAGAAAUCUUAUAUGUGUGAAGGCUCUGAAAGAAGUGUAAAAUCCUGUUGACUUAGGAAGUCACUUUACAUAACAUCUGCAGCACUCUGCAAGCUUUGAUGCAUAUAUGAACUGAGUUUACAUAUUCAAUAGUCCGACAUGCUCCACUGCUAUGCAAUCAAUCUUCUCCAUCCAGGAAGCAACAACAAAAUUAACAUAAAGCGUCAAUGGUUCCUAAAGUUAUUAGUCUGAUCGUGAUACUGCCAUUGAAGCAGCUUCUGUGAUCAUUAAGAUAAUUAAUCAACAAGUAAUCUGGUAUCUGUUGGUGCAAACUCCAAAUAUGCUGUUUUGUGAGUUUGAUAAAGUUGUCAAGUAGGGCUGGGCGAUCAAAUCAAUAUCACGAUAUAUUGAGCAGUUCACCUCAGUAACGAUAAAUGGAUGAUAACUACUCCACAAGCUGCUCACCCCCUCCUACAUUAACUUCAUCCACUUCAGCCGCCGCUCCAGCUGCUACAACUUUUGAACCGUCCUCCAUCUCCUCACCUGUCUUUCCCUCUUUGUUACGGACUGGAUGGGGCUGAGUCACGUCUCUGACGUAGGACAGUGUCUUAGAGCAUGAGACCAUAGCCAACCUACACACAUCCACAACCAACUUUUAUUUAUUUAUCAUUUUUUGAGACAGAAUAUAUUGACAUGGGCCAAAUGACAUUGGUUAUUGUCGUAAAUUUCUGGAUUGGUAAAUUUUCGGUUUAUCGCCCAGCCCUAGUAUGGAGGCUGUAUCUUGGCAAACUGGCAUAUCAACACUCCACUCGACAGAUGUGUAACCAGCAUAGAUGUGGACUUUAACCUGUAAAGAGGACCAGAGGUUGGUGGUGAUAGCUUUUCUUACCUUAAACUUUUAAUUUUACUUCUUUCGUCUGCCGACUCCAUUUUUAGGCAGUCCAUUGUAGGAAAUAAUCUCAGACAAGUUUGCUAAAUUAGUCAGAAUUCAAAUAUCUGUCACAACUUCUCGGAAGCUAGUCACUUCAGAAAACCCUGUGGGACAAUUUGGAUCCACCACACAGGAAGAAAUCACUGCAGAGAGAGUACAAAUACAUCCUUUGGUUUGAUGGUUUUGGAAAGUGGUCUCCAGCUGGUUGUCCCUCUCUUCUGUAAGCAGUUAAAAUCUCAUCACAGGCCUCCAGAGCUUCAAAACUGCUUCAUUGCUUUGAGCCUCUCUCACAGUCAGACUUUAACUUUGGGAUUUUAUUGUUUUGUAAAGCAGAUUAAACCAAAAUCAAUCUUCUUCUUGUGGAGCAACAGAAAGCAAAUAUUAUUGGUGUGUUGAGUCAAUGUUGUUGAUAUCAGGGUUAUUUAUAAUUUAGGUUUGUUCUGGCUGCUUCUCUAUCCGUCUGGUCGGACUAAUGGACGUGUGAUGUUCUGAGGGUGUUAGCCAUCUGCACUCUGGAGUAGCAAGCUGUAUUAUUCAAUUCAGAGCAAAUCCUUUAAAUGAAUGACUUGAAAACUUUCAUGCAGUUUGAUAUUGUUUGAUUAUUAUUCUCUGAUUUGGGUAAUGAUUGUUGACUCUGCAUGCUGCCCACAAGCCAUGCAGCCAAAAGCCACGGGACACUAUUAAAAAGUCAUGUAUUCUGCUUGUCCAUGUGUAAGAGAACAGAGCCAAAAACCUGCCUUCAGGGUUCAUAUAUGUGUGUGUGUGUUUGUGUUUCAGAGCUUUGCCUGUCGAUGUGUGCUUUGCUGCCGUGGCAACCAGAGCUACCAUGUACUAAUAUUUUAGUUUGCCUUGCAUAAUCGUCUGCUUUUGUCAACGCUCUGAGUAGAUUUUCAGUAGAGGAGGCACUGGGGGCUGAUUGUCUGCAGCUCUGAGCUCCACAUUGAUCAUCUAAUCGACCCUCCUGCAGUUUUCGACAGAUUCACAGACUCAUCAGACGCGUAUUUAUCUGCUCCAUCUCUCUAAUCCAAAAAUGAAAAUCCCCUCAAACUUUUUGUUUAUUACUCUUUUAAUCUCUUUGUUUAAAUCUGCUCAUUUUUUUCUGUUUGUCCAGCCAAAAUGUGUGUGCUUUGAGACAAAAAAAGACUGAUAAACAUAGACCAAGUAAAAGCAGAGAACUCAGACAAUAAAAAAGAUGCAAUAACUUAUGAUACUUCAUAUCAGAGGUACACAGUGGUUCAGCAGGUUUUCGGCACCUUUUACCUGAAAUCUGAACAAGCCUGCAGCAUCUGACAUCUGCACAAAGUCUGUUUUUUAUCUGCAAUAUUUGCAUUUUGUCUCGGAGCCUGACUGUUGACAGUCAGCCAAAGAUAAGUAUAAAUUCUGACAUGAUCUUUUAUUAAACUACAACUGUAAUUUUAGUAAAGGGAAGCAUCAGUUCCCCUCUGGAACACUGUCAGACUUUAACAUUGUUGUUAACUUUAAUGACAGUUAAUCAUCAGUUUUGUUUGGGAGUAACAGAAGUUACCAUAGACAUCUACAUUAAAAUCUGUUUCAAGUCCCUCUACUCUCUUCCUGCUGCAGCCUAAAGGGUUCCCAUGACCCAGGUCUGGUAAAAUAUUUAAUCCGAACAUGUAGGGCUGGGUGAUAAACCAAAAAUUUACCGAUAACAAAAUUUACGACAAUUGCCAACAUCAUUUUGCCCAUGUCAAUAUAUUCAGUGUCAAAUAAAUAAAUUAUAAAAGUUGGUUUUGGAUGUGUGUCAGUAGGCUAUGGUCUCAUGUCCCUUUAAGACACUGUCCUACAUCAGAGACGUGACUCCACCCCAUCCAGUCUGUAACAAAGAGGGAAAUACAGGUGAGGAGAUGGAGGACGGUUCAAAAGUUGUAGCAGAUGAAGUAGAUAAAGUUAAUGUGGGAGGAGGUGAGCAGCUUGUGGAGUAGUUAUCGUCCAUUUAUCGUUAUCAAGAUGAACAGCUCAAUGUAUCGUGAUAUUGAUUUAAGGCCAUAUCGCCCACCCACAGUUAACACAGACAUCUACAUUAAAACCUGUUUAAAGUCCCUCUAACCUCUUCCAUGAUCUAGGUCUUGUAAAAUAUUUAAUCCAAACAUGUAAUAUCCAUGAAGAUCCACUUCAAAUCUACAAAGGCUGUACACUCUUGCUCAAGUUGUCUAUGAUCCAUCUUACCAUACAAGAUCAGUGCUGGAUCUGAAACAUAUUUUAGGUAAACGAACUGACUGGGGGUUAUUGUCGCAACAACUCCUGCAAUAAAAUCAAUCUGUGUUUUUUAGAUCAAAAUAAUGUCAAAAACACGGCUGUAGACAAAACCAUUCAACCACCUAUCAUCUGUUCCUACUCUGGAGCCGACUAGCAAAGGUGACUGUGUAAUUGACAAGUCAACUACGAGUACACAUUUCUACUUAGCACACAAUUCACCUGAAAGGCAUGAGCGUUUUAGCACUGGCAUGCUGACAUUAGUUGAAGGUUUUUUUUUGUUGUUGUUGUUGACUGAUCACAGUUUAGUUUGAAAGCCUGCCAGAGCCUUUUGUCUGACAAAUAUGUAAAUUUUAUUUUGUUUGUACUGCUUCCAAAGCGCUGGAUGUACUUUAGAAGAGUUGUGAUUUAUUUCUCUGAAUUUGUUGGAUAUGGCAUUAUAUAAGUCGAGUCUCUCUAAAGUGCUGCUUUCAACAACAGAUUUAACCUGAGUUGAACCUGUUUGUGAAAGGUGAUACCUCUCACAGGCUUCAAAUAAUAAUGAGAGGAUCAGGUGUUGUCUGGCUUUUCAUUUGCAGCUCCAUAGGAAGUGUUUCAUGUCUGUUUUUCCAUGUUGUAUCACUUACAGCUCACUCUGUUCGUUCUCUGUUUUGACAACAUUACGUCACACUCUGAGAAAUGCGAUGUAGAUAUUCUCUCUUUAUUAUGGAGUAACUGUUCAUAAUGAUCUUUUGAUUUGUGUUUCAAUAGGCGGAGCGCAGUGGUUGCGAUGUCCUUAGCAUCCCGGUGCCCAUGCGGCGCGGCGGCUCAGAGUCCAACCUGGACGUGGUCGACAGCAUCGGAGACGAUGGAGUCGGCCUUGAUUUCAACAAGGGAGCGCUGGGUAUCGACAGCCUGCAGCAGAAGAUCCUCAAGGUCAGCAGAAACAUCGGUCACCACCUGCCUGCGCGGCCUCUGUGCAGAUUAAUUGUCUUUGACUUGCAGAACAGCGUGUCUGCAUGUGACUUGUGGGCACUGCACAAACAUCUCACAAGACACAGUGAAAUGCCUCCUCUGUUCGGUUAGCAGAGUAGUUAGGCUGUGUUCCUUUCCUCAGGAUUUCAGCUUCAGUGCAAGUAAAGAAAUUGAAAUCAUGAGUUUAGUUUGAAAGAAAUUCUACCCCAUAGUCUUAUUUGUUUUCAUUACUGUUUGCUGUCCCAAGUUUCAUCACAAGUUGCUUGAAAGCCUCUAAAGGGAUCAUUUCUGCCAGAGGGAGAUAAGGAGUCAGGAUGGUUUGAUUCGGAUCACUCUCAGGGGAUCUUUCUAAAAGUUUGGAGCUGUAACUGAAACCCAGUGUAGAGCUCAUUAACAAAAUUGAACCUCUGCUCCCAGAUGGCUAAACAAACAAAGCAAUAAACACAAAUUGAAACCAUUUCCUUAGAGCAAACUGCUUUUUUCGCUGGCAGUGACAGGCUGAUUGAGUACCCGAUAAGAUUCAUAUAUUUACUGUCAGCAUUAUCCUUGAGGAUGUUCGGGUUAUUCCCAACCUCAUUAAAGGGUCUCAGUGAAGAUUACAUGUAAAGUAAAUGAAGAACAGCUUGUGGUUGUUUAUUGUACAAAGAAUUGUAAACCGUUCGUCCCUGCUGCUUGCACCGUCUCAAGGACUCAUUUACAAAGAAUACAGCACUAAAUGACAUUUUCUUUUCUUUUCUUUGCAUACACAUUCACACACGAAAAUAAAAAAAAAAUUAUUCAUUCAUUCAAUGAUAUUAAAGCUAAAAAUGUUAACAAAAUUCUGCAACUCUCUGCAGUUUGCUCUGGUGUUGCAUUGUGACUAACAUGAGCUGUCAGCAUCACCACUCUCCACAGAGCUUCACUGUGCACUCUUAUCCUGACAGAACUAAAUUAUAUUCUCACAUAAAUGAUGACCUGGAUUAGGAAUGAAAGUCCUUCCUAGUUUGUUGUGAGGUUCAUUCAUGACAGAUGUUCAGAUAUAUCACCUCUAGGUAGGGCUGGACGAUAUGGCCUCAAAUCAAUAUCACAAUAUAUUGAGCAGUUCGGCUGGAUAAUGAUAAAUGGUCGAUAACUACUCCACAAGCUGCUCACCCCCUCCAACAAUAACUUUGUCUACUUCAGCCACUACAACUUUUGAACCGUCCUCCAUCUCCUCACCUGUCUUUCCCUCUUUGUCACAGACUGUAUGGGGCGGAGUCACAUCUCCGAUGUAGGACAGCAUCUCAAAGGGACAUGAGACCAUAGCCUACCUACACACAUCCAAAACCAACUUUUAUUUAUUAAAUAUUUGACACCAAAUACACCGAUAUAGGCAAAAAGAUGUUGGUUUUUGUAGUAAAUUUCGGUAUCGGUUAAUUUUCGGUUUAUCACCCAGCUCUACCUCUCGGUCAUCCAGAGGUAAGAUUGUCGUCUUCUUGAUCAUUGACAAGUUUGAGUGUAAGAACAAAAACAGUCAUAAUUUAUCAGCGCCAGUGUCUGGGAAUGAGGGAUUUUUGCAGUGAGGCAUAUUUGCAUGAAGAGGUGCGUAUUUUGCUCCAAAUGAACUCACAGUGACUCAUUUAAACACAAAUAAACAACACUGGUGCAUAGAGAUGCUGAUUUUUUAGCAGUACAAUCCACAGAGCAGUGAACCCUUCACAGACCCCAUAUUCAAUAACCCUUUGUGAAUUAGACGGUGUCUUUUAGCUCAUUUGCAAAGGUUGAGCCGGGGCAACAACUAUGUAAUCCUUUUGUGAAUCACACUUUCUGUGUUAAAUUGGAUAUGACAGAUAAAGAAAGACAGAAAUCAGGGGCGAGGGGAGCUGGGAUGAUAUGCACGAUAUGUUCACAGGUUGUCGUCGAUUUGCUGACCAGUGCUUCAAGGAUUUUAUAUACCUACUUUUCCUACCCAGCACACCUUUCAAUGUGUUUUAAUGCAUUUUCUUCUUCAUUAAACAUUUGCGUAUUAUUCUUCACUCUCCAAAAGCAGCUCUGUUUAUGUCCCUCCGGUUUAUUUCCUUUCUUGAUUUGCCAACAGUUUUCUGUCUCCUGGCACAUCACGACUCCCAACACAUUUGGUGAAUUAGUAAGCAGCUGUUUUGACAAAAUAAGAAAAGAAAUCUAGCCAGAACAAUAGCGGAGCGCUGGCACCUGAAAACUCCACAUUACCUUCAAGCAGUUCAGGCACCAGCAAAAAAAGGAAGAAGUAGCAGAGUCAAAAUAUCACAAACAAUAAAAUGAAUUUAAAAACUCUUGUGAAGCUCAGUUGACAGGUUAAUUUUAGAGAAAAAAGACCCUCAGCUGAAGUUGUCUGAUGGGAUAACAACACAGGCGGAGGGUUUUUGCUGUAAGUGCUGCUUCAGCUCAACAAUACAACAUCUUCACACAAGUCAUUACUGAGAAUCAUAAACUUCAUCAUUAUAUUCCAUCCAAAAAAACGAUUCCAUAAAUUCACAGAGCCAAAAUGAAGCAUUUCAGGCUAAUAUGGUUUUCAUAGUUUAACAUGAAUAUGGAGGUUUUUUCUUUGAGAUUCAAGUCAUGCAGAGCGACUCUCUAGGCUCCCCAGACUGAUAUCAUGAAAGGUGAUAAUUGAGUAUAAAAGGUCGACUUAAAAAGAUGACUCACAGCUCUGAUGACAAAUGCCGCCCUAAUAAUGUUCUGUACAGGCCUUCAGAGUAGGAUAGAGAGGAAGAUGCAACAAACACUGACAAAAGUCACUGCUUGUUAGUUAAAACAGGCCAUAAAAUCAAGUCCAACCCACAACAAACAAUCAGCUGAUCUUAACAUCAGCCCAUAUCAGCCGACAGCUCGACUAAUUACCCUCCGAUUUGCAAAUGUCAAAAUGGGUGUUGUGUUAAAAGUGUUUCAGCUUGCCCACGCUUCCUGCUCCCUCUGCAAACAGCUUUAGCAACCCAAUCCUGUUAUUAUACAAGUGUCGUAUGUAUUGUCACCAUUGCCUGCUCUAUUCUAUACCUCAGAGGAAUGAUAAUUCAACGAUAGUUCCCUGACUGAGUAGACCUCACCCAUGUCAAUUUAAAGGGAUAUUCCGGCAUAAAAUUAAUUUAGGGUCAAACACACCAUAACACCGAGUUAGACACCCCCUCGAGAGAUGAAUGUUGCUGACCGCUUGCUUCUCUAGUUAUACUAACUUUAGUAACGACCGCACGAUAGCAAUACACAGCGGUCUGAGGAGCCAUAAACAAACGCCACUCCAUAGCCACAAAUAAUGCUCAGAACAGCACCUAACUUCAUCAACAGGACAUGUAGGGUCACAGCCAUAGCACUAGCCACCAAACAUCUUUUUAGCUUUGCUUAAUUUCUUUAGCAAAGAGACUAAACACAACUCACCUACUCUCUUCCAGCAGCCGCUUGUUUGUAGUGAGACCUCGACCAGUCCAUUAUCGACUGAGGUGGGGGGAUGCAGCUCAAGGAAGAACAUUUCUGAUCAUUACUUCAUGGAAAUGCAAUCAGACUGAGACGCUAAGGCAAAAAAACUACUGCGUCUGCAGAGCAAAAUGAUUAAUAUCGUGAUUAUUACUUCAAGGAAAUGAUAAAGUAAUAAUCAUAAAUGUUCUUCCUUGAGCUGCGUCACCCCGCAGCUGUCCGUAAUGGACUGGCCUGAGGUCUUGCAACAAGCAAGUGGCUGCUGGAAUAGAGUAGGUGAGUUGUGUUUAGUCCCUUGCCAAAGAAAUCAGGCAAAGUUAAAAAGAUGUUUGGUGGCUAGUACUAUGGCUGGGACCCUAUAUGUAUUGUUGAUGAAGUUAGGUGCUGUUCUGAGCAUUAUUUGUGGCUAUAGAGUGGUGUUUUGGUUGAGGUUUGUUUAUGGCUCCUCAGACCGCUGUGUAUUGCUAUUGUGUGGUCGUUACUAAAGUUGGUAAAACUAGAGAAGCAAGCAGUCGGCAACAUUCAUCUCUGGAGGGGGUGUCUAACUCGGUGUUAUGGUGUGUUUGACCCUAAAUUAAUUUCAUGCUGGAAUAUCCCUUUAAGUCUAAAAGUAUGAAAACAAAUUUUACAUCUUUGGUUAAACUCUACGUCUCUCUUAAGGUAACAGAGAAGAUCAAGGUGGAGCAGACCGCUCGGGACCAGAAUGUGGCAGAGUACCUGAAGCUGGUGAACAAUGCCGACAAGCAGCAGCAGGGUCGAAUACGCCAGGUCUUUGAAAAGAAGAACCAGAAGUCCGCGCACACCAUCGCCGGGCUGCAGAGGAAGCUGGAGCAGUACCAUCGCCGCGUGAAGGAAAGCGAGACCAACGGGAAACACAGCCACAAAGAUGGCAGCAGCAAGGAGUCCGGGACUCACAGCAAAGAGGGUAGUCUGAAGGACGUCAGCGCCACCGGGAGACACCCACAUUUAGAUAAGGUGAAGACCAUCGGGCCUGGUGUGUCGCUUUCACCGCCCUUCUUCUUCAACAAACCACGAGAGUUCGCCAAUCUCAUUAGGAAUAAGUUCGGCAGCGCUGACAACAUCGCCCAUCUCAAGAGCUCCAUGGAGUCAGGGUCGGGGUCGGGGCUGCAGGCAGAAGGCGGGGCGAGGGGUCUGAGCGGGAGCGCCACAACAGUAGCCAAAGCAACCAAGUAUCAAAGUGACGACGAGUGCUCAACGGGGACAUCUGCAUCCGCCGACUCGAACGGGAACCCAGCCGGCGGCUCUGGAGCGGGGUCAGGAGGUCCAGGGAGGUCAGACUCGAAUGGGAGGCUCGGAGAGGUGCUGGACAUGGUGCGGGACAUCAGGGAGGCUCAGGCUCAGCUGGCCGAGGACAUGGAGACUCUGAGCACACAGUUCAAACGGGAUUACAGCUACUUCACUCAGGUGAUACAGGAGGAGAGAUACAGGUGAGGACAGCAUCACGGCAUAUGCUUAUCAACUCACAGGACACACACACAACCAAUAAUUCACUCUCAGAAUUCACUCUAAAGUGAAAGUCAUAGAUAAGUAGGUCAAGCUGCACUCUGUGAGAUUAAAGCUGAGGUUUUCUUUUUUGGGAAAAACCAUAAAAAGGCCGAGUACAGUCUUCCUCUUCUUGUUAAAAGCCUGAACCAGCAUGCACUUCAUCUAUGCGUGCUGCAUACUCCAGAUACUUCUUUCAUAGAAAAUCUCUGAACAGAAUCUAACAACCCGCUGCAACACUUUGAAAUAUUACAGGAGAGAGAAUGAAGUCAACAGCUGACCUGUCAGUAGAAAGAGCUGCUCAGAAUCCAUCGAGAGUUGCAUGAAAUUGCCUCUAAUUGCCUUAAAAUCCUGCAGAUAUGGAUCUGCGUUUUAUUGAAAUUUUUUGACAGAUCCUUUUUGACCCGCUCUUCAAAAUGAGUCAGUCUAUUUUUUGGGUGCUUUUCAGUGUAGAGUACAAGCUCCUAGGAGCAGGUAUGUUCUUUUGAAUCCCAUUUUUUGCCUUCAUUACCGUAAGGGGCAUGUUUUGCAGGAGCCUGAGCACGGGCGAAGUUCAGGAGCUGGAUUUGAACGUCACCGCUGUGCUUCUGAGUGAUCGUCACGUUGAUUAACUCUCAGACUGCUCAGCUGAUGAGUCAAAAGUAAUACCAGUACGCAGUUUGUGUCAAAUGAAAUUAGAAUAUCACUGAAGCAGGUUUGAGUUUGAGUUACAGAUGUAGCUAGUUUGACUAAUUUCAGCAGACCACCACAUUUACCACGCUGGUAAAGCAGUGCUUGUUAGAUCUAGGGCAGUGGUUCUCAAGUCCAGUCCUCGAGGCCCACUGUCCUGUAUGUUUUGGAUGUUUCCCUGCUCCAACACACCUGAUUCAAAUGAUCAGCUCGUUAUUGAGCCAUUACAGAGCUUGAUAACGAGCUGCUCAUUUGAAUCAGGUGUGUUGGAGCAGGGAAACAUCCAAAUCAUGCAGGACAGUGGGCCUCGAGGACUGGACUUGAGAACCACUGAUUCAGACCGGGUUCUGGUUGGCAUGUUGUGGUAUUUUAAGAGGAACAAACUAAACUGGAACUCCUGAAAAGUGGAUGCUGUUGUGCUAUCCAGGGAUCACUGGACGUCAGUGAGUAAACAAAGUAACCUCAGAGUGGCUGCACACUUGAACUGGGACACUAUGCUUUUCCUCCGAUUCGAUUCUUCUACGUUUUUUUGGAUGCCGAUUUGAUUUAAAUUGCGAUAUUACGAUGUUGUCGAUUUUUUUUUUUAUUUUUUAGUCUGCAUUUUUAAAACCAGUGAAACAGUUAAUUCUUAAAUUUGAAAAAAAAAAAUUUUUUUUUGAACAAAAAAAUCGAUUUAAAAAUUGUAAAACAAAAAAUCCCAAUAUGUAUGCAAAUAAAUUUUUUCCCCACCCCUAGUGUACACCAAAUUCACUCUGGUUGGAAAUGUUGUAGAUGCACUAAAAGAUCCAGAUGCGUUUCAAUUUUAUCCCUAAAAAAAUAACAAUUCAACACUUUUUUCACAUACUAGGGCUUCAAAGCUGUCUCCAAUCUCGGUCAUGGUUUCAGAGCACACCGGGGAAGCAGUGUGGCUUUUGUUUUAAUGAUAAAUCUAAAAAAACCUAAUCAUCUUUUUAAUAUGCCGUUCUUGUAAUGACUUGUUUGAUAUCUGUGAUGUAUCACACUCCAGUAACCAAUCGUUUGACAGCCUUAGUUUUACAACAGUAGAAAUUCAGAACACAAGUAUGUACAUAAAACCCUCAAACUCCAACUCCACCCAGCCCAUGAUCAUCACAACACUGGCAUAACUGCAGUUACACAAGAGGAUGAAAAAUGAUUAUGUCAACAUGAAAGAGUCAAAAGGGGAAAAUAACAAUAAAACUGUAAGAUCAAAAGUGGACUUCUUAACCUCCUUGAGUCCCUGAAAGUCCUUUGAAUGACCUAUCUUUGGAGAGAUAAUGACUUUUGGUUGAACUGUUGCCAUCAUGUUCGCUAUGAGGACUCAGAAGUAGGGAUUCAGAGUCUAGCAGCAGGAAUUAUCAGCUGUGAAUAAAAUCGUUCAUAUGUUUUCACCACUCCAAAUAUGAACAAAUAUGAACACUGGAUUUGUAUGUUUGUACAUGUGCUGUUAAACUUUGAAGUGUCUUUAAGGAGACAUUAUUAAAAGCUUUUCUGACCUAAAAAUAGAAAAGAGAGCUUACACACAAACCCCCUGACAGUUGCUAAGUCAACCAAGGGCAAAUGUUUUCAGCAGUAGUACAUAAACUGCUGUACUGUAACUCGCCCACACACACGCACACACACACUCUCUCAAUUAUGCAUUGUUUCUCUCUCUUUUUCCUUGCCUCUCUGCCUCCACCUACUCUUCAUGUUUCUGUGUGUGUGUGUGUGCGUUUCUGUGUGCGUUUGUGUCAGGUAUGAGCGAUUGGAGGACCAGCUGAAUGACCUCACAGAGCUGCACCAGCAUGAGACCAGCAACCUGAAGCAGGAGCUGGCCAGUAUUGAGGAGAAGGUGGCGUACCAGGCUUAUGAGAGGGCCAGAGACAUCCAGGUAAUGUGUGUUUAUAUGCACACACAAAAAACACACCUGACAAUCACAAUCAGUCUUCAACCAACACUUAAAUCUAGUCAGGUAUUGUUAUUUUAAAGGUGGUAUAUAAAUAAAAUAAGCAUUGUUAUUACAAUCACUAGUAGUAGUAAUACGAGUAGGAGUAGUAUGAUUUCAUCUUUUGUGUCUUCUGGGUGUGAUCUCCAUAUUAGUCAUUUUUCUGCUACCCACACUUGGGCUUUUAAAUAUCCCCUGUGUGCCUUGAGGUUUUUUUUUUAGUUUUUUGGUGUAAAAUGAAUCAUUGAUAUUCAGUAUGUUCUGUCAUCAUGUUCUGUUAUUUUCCUCAAAUUAAUUUUAAACCAAUAUCAAACACGAGAUGCUUUAGUUCAAACAAAAUCAGACGCCCACUCCUCCUCAGCUUUACUCAUAUCUGCAUUAAAUCAGCAGCUUUCUAACAAUCUGAACAACCCAGUGACUUUUUAAUCUCCUCUGCUGCCUCAUAGGUGAGUCUGAGAUUUGUUGUUAUUGACAGCUGCUCCGAACAAGGUCGACAGACAGCCCGAUGUUUGUCUUUAAUUAACCCGAAAUAUCUCCACGGGGUACUUUCUAGAUGUUUUGGUGUCAUACCUGUCUACUCAGAACAGCUUUGAUAGCAGCACUAACAUCAUUAUUAACCCAUUAAGACCUGAACCCUGUCUGAGACACGCCUCUGAAAUCCUGAGGGCAAUUUUGUGAAUGACCCCCAGAUCCUGAGGUUUUUUGAAGUGUUGAGGUUUACGAAAAAACUGGUAUCUCAGCCUCUGUAGCAGAUAGAAACAGAGCUUACACAUGUGGAUUUCAAGAUAACUACCUUUUAUUUUUCCGAACCUUCAUCUCAUUAUUGAAAACCUUGAACAAACAAACUCAAAUGAAAUAAAGCAGUUGUAUAAAUAAAAGUAAAGGCUCUGCACUGGAGAAUAAAUGGGUUAAUUCACUGAGGUCAAGAGUGCAUUCAAUGGUCAGGUAGCGAUGAGAGCACCCUCUGCUGGACCAAACGGCAAAUUACUUAAUACGGUUAUUCUGCAUUUUAAAUUUGACAGGCUUUCUGCAGUUUGAACUUUUUCCUUUGAGUUUGAACAAAGACUCAAACUUCUGAUUAAAAGUGACAGUCUAGUUGGGAGAAUAUCUGUCAGUUGUUAUGUCUGGAGUUGUUACAGCUCUAAGAACAAAACUCAGAUACUGGAAGUCAACUGAACACCCAGAGAUGGAAGAAAGGGUCGGUUUAAUGACAAAAACAGCCUCUUGUGAAUCAGUGCUGCUCAGAGUGACUAAAAGAAAUCAGACACCCUGGCUGGAGUUAUAUUAUACUACCUGAAACCUGAAAUGUGAAACAGUUUUGUGACCUGUAGUUCAUGGAUCUCCUUUUUGUCCUCAUUAUCUUUAAUUUGAUGUCAACAGAGUCUCAUUUAAAGUGUUAACUGUCGUGUACCAGUCCCUUCAAAUUCAGUAAAAACUAGAUUUACAAAAAAAGAGAGAAAAACUGACAGUCCUGUGUGAAAAUUAAGGGCUGUUAAAUCAAUCACCCUGUGCGCAGAGGGGUUGGUCUGACAGGCUGUGGCUGGUUGGAGGUUAGAUUCCAGUUUUUGGUCUCACACUUCAUCACCUUCAUCCACUCUCUCGUCACAGUUUCCUAUCUCUCUAUAAAGGCAUAAAAAGAUUUAAAAAAAAAUAGAAAGAAAUAGGAAUUAAGGGGUAAUUUUUGAAGAUAAGCCAAAACCAAUAAAAGAAAAUUUGAACCUUUGCCUGCUGUCUUUAUUAUUGACUGCAGCAAAAACUUAGAGAUGUUUUAUUGCUCAGAGCAAUUCUCCAAGCCAACAAACAAAACCUGUUCCAAUUUUAAAAAUAAAGAAACAAGAACAAACUGGAGGGCCAAGUUUAAAACUUUGACGUUUUUACUUUAUCCUGUAAUUUUCUGAAUAAGAAAAACCUCCAGAAUGAGCUGCUCCUCUCUUCUCUCAACUUUAUGAUUCCCUGGUUUCCUUCUCUGGCAGUUUUCAUUUUAAGGAUAAAAACAGGUCCGUCUGUGAUGUCCUCCUCUUAUAGCUCCCCAGUCUUUAUUUAUUAUUAACUGUGCUCAUGUCGUGUGUUUAGGAGGUCCUGGAGUCGUGUCAGACCCGAGUGUCGAAGCUGGAGCUCCAGCAGCAGCAGCAACAGACGGUUCAGGUGGAAAACACAGACGCCAAGGUGCUGCUGGGGAAAUGCAUCAACAUCAUGCUGGCUAUUGUCACGGUGAUCUUAGUGUGCGUUUCCACGGCAGCAAAGUUCACCGCCCCGCUGCUGCGUAGCCGCCUCCAUCUGGCGCUCACCUGUGUGGGCGUGUCAGUAUUAGCACUGCUGUGGAAGAACUGGGAACAUUUACAGUGCGCCUUGGAACGGUUAGUCCUCCCACACUGAUCCAGGAGCGCUAAUGAGACCAGGAAACUUUGUCUGACCUUGGGGUCCAGGUGUCCAUGAGGCUUGUUGUCACAGCAACACAGAAACUAGGGAGGAGUUUACAUGUAGCCUCACACUGGUCCCUCGGUCCCCUGUCAAUUAUAGGCUCCAUGAUGACUGGUUUACAGCCCUGCAUGUCUAAAAGGGGUCCACACAAAUCCUUGAAGCCUUUUCCAAGAAUGCACCGCUGCAGUGAUUCCGACAAACACACACGUAAGCUGACAUAACUUUUCACAACUGUACAAACCUCGACGACACGCUGUCUACAGAACUACUCAACAUUUACACGUCAUAACAGAGCAUCACUACAGCCCAGAGUAUCGGACCGUUAAGUGAUAAAGCAGCUGGGAUUUGGCACGUGGUCGCUGUGUUAUUGGCUUUUGGAUUCAUUAGAGGAUUCUAGCCGCACACAACAGACGCUAAAAUCUAAAUAUAGAGGAGUAGGCAGGAAAACACACUGAUUAUGUCCUGUCCUUAAAGGAAAGUGUGUUCUAGCAACACCUCUAAACAAACAAACAAACACUCACAGGCAGUAUAAAGCCGCUGCAUCGGUUUUGUUACUGCACAGUCUGCCUCCUCGAGCACCAGCCAGCUGUGACAACACAAAUACAACACAAAGACAACACAAAGACAACACAUCACAAAGACACGUCCACCUGAAGGUUGAUCUGUACUGCGUCUUCGGUAUUUACGUCAUGUUUUUGUCAGUUUCUCGUACAAAAGGACGAUUUCGAAGCUGUUGUUUUGGCGUGUUUGUUUCCGUGCGACUGUCUUCAUGUAAUGUGCGCCUGCUUUGUGUGUCUCCACCGUGUUUUAAAGAAACUGUCGCACAUUUUGUGAAAUAUUUGCUUUCUUGAUUUGAGUGUAGUGGUUUUCUAGGCGCCUUAUUUAAAGGUACAGCUAGGAAAGGAUAAACAGAACUUAGCACAAAGUCUGGAAAAACUGCUCGCCUAGCUUCGUCUGAAACAGAACUUAAAAAACAUCAAUAAACAUGUUAUUUUGCAGUCCUUUAAGUCUUGAAGGGUACAAAUUUUAAUCUUGUGCAUACUUAGUUAUUUUCUUUGGAAACAAGGAAUCAUCUUGUGUGCACAAGUUACCGUAUUUUUCGCACUAUAAGGCGCACCGCAUUAUAAGGUGCACCAUCAAUGAACGCAUCUAUUUGCGUCUAUUUUCAUACAUAAGGCGCACCGGAUUAUAAAGCACAUUAAGCCAAAAAAAAACCAGUCAGAUAAGUCAAACUUUAUUUAACUCAGUCAAUAACUCCGCAAGGCUACGAUAGCUACAGUGCUCCGACAAACCAAAAGGAUUUUAAGUGUGCCUUAUAGUGCAAAAAAUACGGUAAUAUCUUGUAUCUGUUGUGCACAACAUGAUUAUCAUGUGUGAAUAAAUUCUCGCACAAGUUGACAUCUUGCAUGUCAACAUCGCACCCAGGGGGGAGAAAAAUGUGUAUUCUGUGUAAUAAAUUUCUAAAGUUUUUUUCUCAGCUCCAUCGAGUUUGCUGGAGGAGGCGGUGUUUAUGUCCUAUACUGCAACCAGCCACCAGAGGGUGCCGUUUUUCGCAUGGGGGCUUCACCCAGUCUAUGGUUGAAAAUCAAAAAAUUAAUUCAACAAGCAAACAUUUUAAUCCUUUCAAAAAAAUUCAGACUAAAACAUUUUUAAAACUGACUGCAGACUUGUUUAUUUUUGCUCUAGAGUUGAGCUUUUUGGCUUAGUGUGUAUGUGGUUUUCAGUGCUUCAGCAGCCAGCCUCAUGUGGACAUUUUGGGAACUGCAGUUUUACCCGUAGCUUGCCCAUUGACACAGACAUACAUCCAUCUCAAACUGUCUACAAGGACAAAAGCGAUCUAGUCACAUUUUACCAGAGGGUGUCCGUUCUAUAUACAGCCUGUGAGUGUAUCUCAUGUUCUGGUGCUGCUAUUCUUCACAACCCUGUUUCAGACGCGUCUGAGGUAUCGAUCCUCUCGGCUAACUCUCAUCAAGAAAGCUUGUUUGUAUAUUUCCCAAAAUGUGAAUCAACUCCUUAAAAGGAAAGCGUUUAAACUGCCUCCUGUCUCAUUGUGUUGAUGCUUCUGGGUUUUUUGUGAAAUGUUUUUGCAUUUUGAGGAAACAAAAAAAAACUUGUCCUGUGAGUUGACGUGCUUUACUCAGUUUCCAAAGACUGCAGCGUUAGCAUGAACCAGCGUUAGCAUGUAAACUGUGAGAAAAGCGCUAAAUCAUGUUUUGUUUAGUUUUUUUGAUAAAUUGCCUUUUUUUGCAAGAUGAACCGAACAAAUUAACUUGAGUGUGACGCCUUUUUAACUUGUGCUGCGUUCACUUCCUGUAGGAAACAAAAGCACCCCCUCUAACUGUUGGAAGUGGUGACCUGAAACCAAUUCCCACCUGUUGAAACCUGUUGAUGUUGCUCGUAUAAUUCCUUUCAGCAUUUUCACACCUGACUCACUCUAACAUCUCAGCAGAGACACAGUCAAGGUUUUACUUGCACAAAAAGAUCCUCUUUCUGACUUGGAAUAAAGAUUGCUGCUUUUUAGGUCAAUGUACUUUAAGAUAGUACAUCUGCUCUUGAACAGAAAAACACUUAAAUGUCAGACACCGAGAAAUAUCAGCCCCCAUUUUGCUGUUUCCGAACAGCAUUAAAGUGCUCAUAAAAGCAAACACUUCAGUGCCUGUUUCCUCUUUGUGACAUGAAUGCAGCACCAAAAGAGGGAAAAGACGCUGAACGAUGUAGCUCAAUGCUCCCUGAACCCUGUAUCACUGUGAUGAUGAGGGGACUGUUGCCUUUAAUGCAGCUUCUUUCUUGUACUGUCUAUUUGUGUCCCUUCAGAAGCCAAAUAUGGAGAUUUUUAAGGCGUCCCAGCCUUUCUAAACAACACUGAAAUGACUAUUUUUAUCUCUUUUGUUUCUUUAAGAUUGAAUUUUGAUUUUUUUUCUCCAAAUUAGCUUAAAAUCUAUCCUGUCUGUCGCUUAGGAGAGACAUAAACCCUCUCUCCAAGGCUGUAUUUUGAGUCCAUAAUGUAUAUUUUCACAUGUCUGUCUUUUCUUUGUGCAUUAGUUGCUGGUAAUGGGUUUUCAUAACAUCAUUAUUUUUUUCAAAAAGAGAGAAUAAAUCUUUGUUUUUCUAAGAUUGUUCUU